GUGGUGCGACAUUUAGUGAGGGCAGAAAGUAGGUCAGUGACGGCGGCUCCUGCUGGAGGACGAGUGCGAGCUCCUGGGCACAGAGUGCUGGCUGUGAGGGUGAGUGCAAGCUCCUGGGCACAGAGUGCUGGCUGUGAGGGUGAGUGCAAGCUCCUGGGCACAGAGUGCUGGCUGUGAGGGUGAGUGCAAGCUCCUGGGCAUAGAGUGCUGGCUCUGAGGGUGGGUGCGAGCUCCUGGGUAUAGAGUGCUGGCUGUGAGGGUGAGUGCAAGCUCCUGGGCACAGAGUGCUGGCUGUGAGGGUGAAUGCAAGCUCCUGGGCUCAGAAUGCUGGCUGUGAGUGCAAGCUCCUGGGUAUAGAGUGCUGGCUGUGAGGGUGAGUGUGAGCUCCUGGGCACAGAGUGCUGGCUGUGAGGGUGAGUGCGCGCUCCUGGGCUCAGAAUGCUGGUUGUGAGGGUGAGUGCGAGCUCCUGGGCUCAGAAUGCUGGCUCUGAGGGUGAGUGACAGCUGAGUUCAUAUGGCCCUGGGAUUGGGGCACUAAGUUAUCAUUAUGGUUAUUGGGGGGGGCUGCAUGACUGGGACCACAACAACUGACAGGAUCUCUAGGGCCUCUGCAGUCCCUUUUUGUGUCUUCUUGUUUUUUGGGGUCCUGCUAAUGUGUUCUGCUAUUGGGAGGUCUUUACUAUGUGCUUUGAUUUUGAGGGCACUAUAAUUAUAUCCCACUUUUUUUGUUGUGGUCUUAUUAUGUCACUAGUUUAAUUUUUUUAAAUUUUUUUUUUUUAUGUCUUUAUUUUUAUUAUGCAUGUAAAAAGAUAAUUGAAAGAGCAAUAAGGAAGAAUAAUGACCCCCCUAAGAGGUGUUAACUGUCUGCAGUCUGAAGUGGUGAUGGUCAGCAGAUUCCCAGUAAGCACACAGACAAGGUUAUUACCUAAAUAAGGAAUUCUUCAGCUCAGCUGUUUUGCCAGCAUGGCUUGAAUUUGAAAAUUCUAUUUGGUAUUCCUGGCAAUUCACACUUCGUGAAUAACCUUGUUUGUUUUCCAUUAAACUCAAUAGUGGAGCAAAUUAAAAUCUGAAUUGCAAAAUUAUCCAAAAGCAGUGGGUCAGGGAAAUAAAAUAAAAUUCUCCAGUUUUACUCUAGUCACAACUUGGGUAUUUUAGCUACAUUUUUGCUUUUCAGAUUUUAAUACACUUCAAUUCAGAGUUUAUUGAAUAAACCUAUCAGUUAUUUACUAAAGUCAGAAUUUAAAAUUUAAGGUCAAAAUAGCCAAAGUGAAUGCAUAGUCUUAACCUUAGUAAAUUUUGAAAUUAACUUUGAAUUCUCACUUUACUGAAUAACCUUGUAUGUAUGUGUAUUGAACUGUAAUACCUCCUCAGGUUAUUGAACAAUUCCCAAUAUGUUGCCUGGUUUUUGGAGGGUACCCUUAAUAUGUCACCUGCUAGUCGGGGGUUUUUAAUAUUUGGGGACAUAUCAGAUGUCCUUAAUAUGUUUUGUUGUGUUUGAAGGACUUUAUUUUGUCCUGUGGAAUUUCAGUGCUGUUAAUAUUCCAUUCUUUAUUUUAGGAAUUCUCAUUCUAUUUUUUUCAGCUAGUUGAGUUGUUUAGAACUUCAGACGCGUAGAUUGCACGCUUUAAAGUCAAGUACCUGUAUUUGUUGUGGUUUUCCGCAUUAUUGCAGCCAUAGUCUAUGAAUUUACUGAGGUUUUGUAUGUCAAAUGCUAAUUAUAAUCCCAGAAAUAACCUCUAUUGAAUAUUUCUGUAUUGGCGUAAAACAUUUAGAAUUUACAUGCAUUUCUAAAAAUUAAUUUGUGGUUACCUUUCGAUGCUUUUGACAUACAGAUACUUAAAGGAACACUUCAAGCACCAUAACUACUACAACACUCUAUAGUGGUUAUGGUGCCAGGAGGGCCUAUGCACUCCCCAUUUUAAGUCAAACCAUUUUAGAACAAUUUGACAUCUGCACGGCCUAGUUUAAAUCAGACAAAGGGCUUCUGGCUCUUCGUUGGAAGGAGACAAGACAUGGAGUUGCGUGCGGCAGACACCAGGCAAACUGUUCUAAAGCUUUUGAUACUUAUCUAAUUCCAGCCCCAAGGUCUCUCGGCACUUGAUCGCUCUCUGCUUCCUCAGACGUUUGCAUGAUCCGGGAUCCAAUUUCGCAAGCACAGAGUGCGCAUUAGGACUUUCCCAUCCGAAACCAUUGAAUCAAUGCAUUCCUACGGGUGAUUUUAAGACCGUGGACAUUUUCUUACAAAGUGCGAGGAUGUCCAGCAUCGUUUCAUAGAGAUAAACUGUAUAAAUCGACAAAGCGCCUCUAGUGGCUGUUUGGUAAAGAGCCACUAGAGGCAGUCUUAACCCUGCAAUAUAAACAUUGCAGUUUCUCUGAAAGUUUGGGUUUGGGUGCCUAUAGCAUCGCUUUAACCUUCAACUGACAAAGUAGAUGGCGAAUACAUAUGCUAUUUCCUUCACCUCAGGUCUGCCUACAAUCUCACUUUUGUGUACUAUAUGAAUAUUUUCCCUUCUAAAUCGUAAUUAGAAGAUGCAUUGUUUCAUCUAGAUAUUAGAUUUAAUCCCUAAACUGGGAAAGAUGGAUGACUGCAAGUUUUGGGCCAAAAUAUGCAAUCUUGAAACAUAGGCUGACCGUUUUACUCUAAACAGUGAAUUGCCAGAAAUUGGCCAAGAAAAUGCAAAUAUCUGCUUAACUAGCAGGAAAAUAAUGGAGUUGGAUAAUUUAAUAAAACUUUCUCCUUUCAGUGACUAGAUUAAAGCGUGUGUGUGUGUGUGUGUGUGUGUAUAUAUAUAUAUAUAUGUAUGUAUGUAUGUAUAUAUAUAUAUAUAUAUAUAUAUAUAUAUAUAUAUAUAUAUAUAUAUAUAUAUAUAUAUAAAUAUAUAUAAAUAUAUAUGUUGCGGUGUUCCUUAGGACUUUAAGGUUAUGGUCCUACCUUUUAAAAUGAGAUUACAAAAAACACCAAACUAAACUGCUUUUUAAACGCAGGCUAUUGGUUGCUUCUCAGAGUCCCAUUUCUUAACUAUGAGAAGCAUUCACGGCGUUUGGCAGCAGCAUGCAUUGUGUAAAGGUGCUGAAUGUGAAACGUUUCAAUAGCUGAAAUUCUUUAGGUAAGAAACAGCCCUAGUGGUUUACAGUCGGACGUCCCCUAGAGGCGUGUUCUUGGUAUAAUUAAACUUUUUUUUUUUUUAAACCUGGUAUGGUGCACCAAAACCACUUUAAGAUGCAUGUUGAGUGUCGUUUUUAUGUAUACUGUCCUUGGACACAGAGUUACAAAUUCCCAGUUCCUGAUAACCUGGUGUGUGUGUGUUUUUUUUUUUUUCCGUUUUUUUUUCUUCUGAUUUUCCCAGAAGGAUUAGGCUGCAAGAAUCAUGUUUCAGGAUUGAAAUCAUUUCAUGGAGUAUGCAUAAGGCACAGCUUUCACCCCUUUGUGGAGUCCUAGUUGGGAAAACUGACCAGUUCUCAGCAGGUGGUACCCCUAUGGCAUUUAAUAUUUAGUACUUUCUCUUCUUCACAUUCUGCUGUAUAGUUAUAUCAUUUCACGAUGCUGUAAUUUCCUGGUCCUGCAACUUUCAAGUUCUGAGUCUCUUAAUGGGAAGAGCUGAAGUUGGUUGCAGAUGAUGCUUUGCUUAAUUUGUUAAUUGCAUGCACGCUAUAAGAUCGAGCUCUUCCCCUGUAAUUGCCAUUUUAUCUUGACACAUUCAUAUCUGAUGUGGCAUAUCAGGGGUCCUGUAAAUUCAUCCUAUUAGUGACUAAGAGAUUAAAGAGCUCCCAGGCUGCUGUCUCUGAGUAGCCCAUGCUUUCCAAACAUUUAGGUCAGUGGGUUAAUAUGAGACAGACUGAGAGAGGCACAACCAAUGGCUGUAAGAGCCGUCAUGGUGUAUCCCUGUGUGUUUCUGUGGGAGAGGAACUGAUGAAAAAUAUAUGCAGCUUUUAAACUGCUUCCUUCGACUGCGUUGUCCUCUGCGAAAAAAUGAGUCAUUGUAUUUUAAACGUAACUGCGUUUACUGUGACGAUCGGUUUGCUUUUAGAAGCUGUGCCUUUUUUUAAUUCUGCGCGUGAUAGAAGACAAUUAUUAAAGGGAUUGUGACUCAGUGUUUCUCUUUUUAGUGACUGAAGGCUGGUGCGAGUAGGAGUUACUUCUGGUGUUUUGUUUUAACGCUUCGUGUACCAGAGAAGCAUCCUUCCUGAUACCUAGAGGGUUAUUCAGUUAGGGUGGGAGAUGAAGCUGCUGCGGAUUCGCAAACUGCAUGUGGAAAAUUAAUUUUGUUUUCUCUGUUACUAUGUAGAGUCUUGGAAUGGCCACCCUGUCAGCCCCUCAAAAACUGUUCCAGAACUACAAAUUUCAUACCGCUCAAACUUAAAAUUGAUUUUAUUUAUAAAAUAUUGUACCAGGAUGGAUAUAUUGACAUUUCUCUCUUUUUCAAGUAUAUCCUCGGUCCACAAAACAUUGCAUUGCUACAAUGAAAUGAACGAACGAACGAUAAAGGGGGUUUAUCCAUUAAACACAAAAUUUUAAUGUUUCUGCCACUUCGCUGUUGCAGUUUUCACGGCUUGGCUUUUAAAGCCUACGUUUAGCAGUUUGCUUUGCAGUUCAGUGCAUUUUGUUUUUAUUGUGAAUAAAUGCUAUAGUUUUGUAAUUUUAAUACAGAUGCAUGGGCUGGAUAUUCCUAUGUAAUGUCAGAAGCCUCUGUAUGUAUAUCCUAGUUUUGUUGUUUUUGAGCUGUGACGUGUGCUCCUAGUCCACAUGGAACUGUAAUUUACUGAUUUAUCCCGGGCUUAUUCACUAAAGCAAGAAUUCAACAUCAAUUUAAAAUUUGAGGUCAAAAUAGCUGAAGUGAAAAAGUUGCCUAGGUCAGCUAUGCUUUUUGUUCCUCUAUGCAGGCUUUAAAUUCUCACUUUUUAGUAUAUAAUACUGUUUCAUGUAAAAGGCUAGGUGAAAAUGAGGGGUGUCAAGGCAUUUGAUGAAGGCCGUUUGUGUGUUCAUUAAUCACAUCAAAAUCCAGCAAUGAUCCUCUCUCUGGUAUUUGUAUUUAAAGGAACACUACAGUCACCUAAAUUACUUUUGCUAAAUAAAGCAGUUUUAGUGUAUAGAUCAUUGCCCUGCAAUUUCACAGCUCAAUUCACUGUCAUUUAGGAGUUAAAUCACUUUGUUUAUGUUUAUGCAGCCCUAGCCACACCUCCCCUGACUCCCCUGAUUGACAGAGCCUGCAUUGAAAAAAAAAAACUGGUUUCACUUUCACACUAAUCACAUACAGGAGGCUCCUGCAGGGUCUAGCAAGCUAUUAACAUAGCAGGGGAUAAGAAAAUCUUAAUUAAACAUAACUUGCAAUAAAGAAAGCCUAAAUAGGGCUCUCUUUACAGGAAGUGUUUAUGGAAGGCUGUGCAAGUCAUGUGCAGGGAGGUGUGACUAGGGUUCAUAAACAAAGGGAUUUAACUCCUAAAUGGCAGAGGAUUGAGCAGUGAGGCUGCAGGGGCAUGUUCUAUACACCAAAACUGCUUCAUUAAGCUAAAGCUGUUCAGGUGACUAUAGUGUCCCUUUAAGCGAAACAUUUUGGUAAACUAAACUCCUGAAAGACUACCAUCUGAAACCCCCACAGUCUGUUUUACUAAAUAAAGCCAUGCUGUUUUAAGAGGUAGGAGAUUACCUGUCUGAUAUAAUGUAAUUCAGACUGGUAAAGCUUAAUAUGUUGGCUUGCAUAAUACAACUUCUGGUUUAAUGGAUAACCUUCACGGUCUUCCUUUACACAUGUACACUGAUACAGCUUUCGUUUUUUAUGAUCUUCUAAUUUGUAACCAUUGGAAAACUGGUUUUGGUCUAAAUGAUGCAUUACAACAUGUUAAAUCCAUUAAACAUUUACUUUUCUCACGGUUAUAGCUGUAAAAAUAGCACUUCGCCUUGUUAAUCUUUAAUCUCUUUACUGGAAAUCCGUUCCAUGCUUCCACCACUCUUUUGGGGGAAAUAAUAUUUUGCUACGGUUGCCUGCUUGUUCCAUCUUGGGAUAUGAUGUUCACUGCCCGGUAUUCACAGUGAAAAUAGUGCAUUUUUAUCAAAAUUUUACUCUGACCGCUCGUUUUCUGGGUUUUGCAUGUGCGUCACAGCUUUUGAGGACAAAAGGCUCAGAAAAUGAUGAACAUCCAUUUCCAUUUUUUUUCAUUUUAUGUUACAAAGAUGCAUAUGAAGUGGAUGACGAAAUUACGAUUAGUCAUCUAGGUAGAACGGGUAAAAUUGUAAGUAUCUCCAUGGGUGGCUUAGUUUGGUUGCAACAUUAUAAAAUGAAAAUUUAUUGUGAAUAUUCUUUCACCCUUAUUUCUUCUUUUUUUUUUUUUUUCAUUUUACUUGUGCAUAGAGUAACAGUUUUUUGCAGCGCCUCAACAGCGGGUAAUUUCACCCUUAUUUCAAUUACUCUUUACCCAGGAGUUCAGCGUUCAGUUUGUGUAAACCAGAUUAGGAAGGAGUGAAGUGAGACAGCAUAUAGGGGUUUCUCUUGUUAUGUACAGAUUACUGUAAAAUGUAGAACAAGCGCCUCUUUAUUUUUGUUUUCUAAAUGUUAUGUUGAAGUGUUUUUGGUAAAAGAGGUGUGUAUUAUCUAUCGAUCUAUCAUAUCUGUUGGAGUUUUUUUGGGGGGGGAGAGAGAGGGGGAAUAAAUUGUAAGUAAAUUAAAUUUUUACUUUAAUUUUGUGAAUUAUCCCUGAACAAAGAUUUAUCCUAAAAUAAUGUGUUCACAAAUUAUCCCAGGUUUGGAGGGGGAAAAAAAAUUGACAAGAAAAAAGUAACCUCUAAUUAAUUAUAUUUUUUUUCUUUUUUUUUUUUCUUGAAACCUAUUUAGAACAUUUUCCAAUUAUUAAAGAGUUAAAAAUGAAAUCUUAACUUAUCCAGUGCGGAUUCUAAUACUCCAUGGGUUGCUCUCCAUUUUGUGUUCUUCAGCUUUUGUCAGUAAAGGAUACUCUUGUGUGACACAAUUAAUAUUGCUGUUUAAGCAGUUACCUAGCAACCAGCAGCAGUCGUGUGCCCUGAAUAGUGAUGAAGAGAUGUUGGAUGUACAAACCACAGUGUAAGAAAAACCGUCUACUGGUUUAAAAGCUGCCCGAUUUGCGUAAUUAGCUCCAUUACUCUGGUGGUCAUACUUUUACCCCCGUUACUGUAAUUGCUGGCUCGGCAUCAUGUGAAAUAUAGUCCACACAAUGUGCGGACUCAAUCCAUAGUAGUGUUACAAUCCAAUCGUCUGCAGUAAAGCCCUCUAAGAAUACCUUAAAGAGAAAAACCCAUGUUUCAGAUAAAGAUCCUGGGCUCGAAAAACGUGCCCAUUACUCAGAUAGUUUAAGAUUUUAAACACUAUUUUGAUGACAUUAAUCUGAUAUUCUGAAACGGCACAACCUUUGUGUUGCAGGUUAAUCCUCUAAUCAUGCAGGGUUCUUCAAACUCUUCCCCUGCAGAUGUUGCUGAACCAGAACUCCCAUGAAUCUCUGGCCAUCUAUUUCAAUUAAAGAAUCAUGGGAGUUAUAGUUAAAGGAACACUCAUUGUCCUGGCAUUAUGUAGUCCUUAGGUCCCCCCCACGCUCAUGGCCCCCAUCCCGCUGGGCGUAAGGGGUUACAACCCCUUCUGCCACUUGCCUUUCUCCAGCGCCAAGCUCUCUCGGUGCUGGGGAACUCUCCUCCUUCUGCCGACAUCAGCACCAUAUGCGCAUUCAAACCGCCCAUAGGAAAGCAUUACUCAAUGCUUUCCUAUGGACGUCAGCGUCUUCUCACGGUAAUUUUCACAGUGGGAAUCGCGGAAGCGCCUCUAGUGGCUGUCAGUGAGACAGCAGCUAGAGGCUAGAUUAACCCUCAAUGUAAACAUAGCAGUUUCUCUGAAACUGCUAUGUUUUCAGCUGCAGGGUUAAAACUAGAGGGACCUGGGACCCAGACCACUUCAUUGAGCUGAAUUGGUCUGGCUGCCUAUAGUGGUCCUUUAGGUAACAUCUGGAGAGUUGAAGUUUUGAGAACCCUUCAUUUCAUGCAGUGAUAUUGUCUCAAGGUUUACUCUUAUUAAAGUGACACUAUAGGCAUCAAAACAACUUUAGCUUAAUGAAGCAAUUUUGGUGUAUCGAUCAUGCCUCUGAAGUUUCACAGCUCCAUUCUAUGCCGUUAGGGGUUAAAUCCCUUUUGUUUAUGUAGCCCUAGCCACCCCUCCCGUGGCGGUGACUGACACAACAUGCAUGAAAACAAAAUGUUUUUUGCUUUCAAUCAGAUGUAACUUACUUUCAAAAUUUGUAUCUGCUCAGUAAUUGCACUUUAAUCACAUACAGGUGGCUCCUGCAGAGUCUAGCAAGCUAUUAACAGAGCAGGUGAUAAUAAAUUCCCAGAUUUUACUAUUAACAUGACGUAAAGUCAUGAUUUUAUUAAAGACACGGAGGCGAGUAUUAUGCAUAUCUCUUUCUUUAUUACUCUCAGCAGCAAAGAAAUAGAGAUAAAUAAAUAACUGAAAGAACAAAAAAAUACAGUGUUCAAGUAACCAAUCACAUAACAGAGGAAGUGACUAUAAAAUACUUGAAGCACCCACAAUCCCCCUCUUUCUUGCGGAUAACGAAGACCAAAUACAGAACAUCCAACUUCGGCUAACGUAGCCAACCGCAGCUCCAAUAUGGCAAAUCACGAAGAAUUCAGGCUAAAGGAGACACAGAAAAAGAAGAAGGUAAUAACUGGACUCCAACUGUAUGUGCAUAAUUAAGAUAAAUAGAACAGCACGUCCAACUCAAACUCUACACACCCAAAUACGGUAAUACAGCUAUAAGGGACAUAAAUGUAAACCCCAAUAUAUAUAGGAAAGUCAGAUACAACACAUACAAUCAAAAAAACUAUUAAUAACGAACUUAUCAUACUUACCCACCAUACCAGCCAAUGCCCAACCCCAACCGGGUGGGUGGGUGGGAAUAAUACUCGCCUCCGUGUCUUUAAUAAAAUCAUGACUUUACGUCAUGUUAAUAGUAAAAUCUGGGAAUUUUAUUAAAGACACAGAGGCUCCUAUUAUGCAAGUUUAAAGCUUAGAAACCACUUGAGAUGCAAAAUGGUCAAUCGGCCUGAAGUAGAAAUCACGAAAGGUCGUUUCCCGUGACCAAUCCGCCGCACGCAGAAUAUCUUCUAGGCGGCAGCCCAUAGCCGCCGCCUUGGAGGCCAUAGCUCCGCGGACUGAAUGAGGGGUGAAUCUGGACGUAUCGAUCCCGGCCAGAGAUAACAAUUCCCGAACCCAUCUCGCCAACGUAGGAGUAGACACCGGAAGGUGCGGGGCUCGAAGCGAGAUGAACAAGGGGCACAGCUCCGGGGAUCGCAACGGUCGAGUAACUUCGAGGUAGGCCUGAAGGCAUUCGACUGGACAGAGAGCCGGGUUUCCCUGGAAUCUAGGGUAAACAAACACCUUCGAAGCCGACUUCGUUCUCCUGGAUAUGUUAAAGGAGAUGCUCUCCGGGGAGGAAAAAUGGCAGAUAAGUAUAUAGGAAAAAUAAUGACAGAAUUAGGGUUUAAUAACCCAAAGGGACAGGAGCAGAACAGGGUUAAAGAUAGCCACAGAAAACAUAAGUACAUGGAAAUCAAAAGAGAAAAUACAUUACUGAAAACAAGUCAAAUCGAAAAUAUACAUAUAAAUACAUAUACAUAUGCUAAACAACGAAAAACUCCUACCCCACAGGUGUGAAACGAGCCUGCACAGUCAGCCCUCAGGGGACGAGAAAUAACCGGCAGGGGAGUGUGGCCGACGGACACAAGAUGGCCGCCGCACGAGGAAGGAGGACAGGUGGGGGAGGGGGCGCACGCGUGAACACAGCGCGGCCCGACCUGUACACACACCCGGGAGCCGCCGCCUAGGUAAGCGGAGGCUCGCCGGCGUGUAAGCAGACAAAUCCCCCGAGACAGGGGAGAUCCCCGGCCAGCCGCAGAGACGCGGUCGGGGUGGGAGGGGGCGGGAGGCGGCACAGCCUAAUGCGGCCGCGACGGCCCGCCCGGGAGAAAAACCCACAGGGGAUAAAAGACACAAAAAGGACUGCAGUAAAAACACUCAAGCUCCUAGCAACUACACAUAAGAACUAGGAGCAGAUAUAAAUAAAAAACCAUGUAAACAUAAUAUAGUAAAUCAAUAACAGAUCAGAACAGAAAAAGUAUGUACUUAACUGGUCUGAGAGCAGCAAAGAAAGAGGGGGAUUGUGGGUGCUUCAAGUAUUUUAUAGUCACUUCCUCUGUUAUGUGAUUGGUUACUUGAACACUGUAUUUUUUUUUGUUCUUUCAGUUAUUUAUUUAUCUCUAUUUCUUUGCUGCUGAGAGUAAUAAAGAAAGAGAUAUGCAUAAUACUCGCCUCCGUGUCUUUAAUAAAAUUCUAAAUUAAACAGAAUUUGCAAUAAAGAGAGUGUAAACAUUAGAUGACUCUUUUUACAGGUGUUUAGGAAGGCUGUGCCUAGGGAUGCAUAAACAAAGUGAUUUAUCUUCUAAAUGGCAGAUAAUUGAGCAGUGAGACAGCAGGGGCAUGAUCUAUACACCAAAACUGCUUAAUUAAGCUAAAUUUGUUUUAGUGACUUGUGUUCCUUUAAUGAGGCCAUUAAGGGAGGUCCUGAGACUAGAGGACUUGUGGACUCACUGGUCCUUUUAUAAUAUGUAGGCUACGGAGCUUGGUGAAUCCCCCUAGCCACUAUAUAUCUGCUGCAGAUCUACUCCCACCCUCCAAAGGAGAAAUGGAAUGAAGGAUGAAACCUAAAUAUUGUAUGAAUAUAACUGGGCAACUUGUCAACAUCCACACUGUGGAACGUUUGAAGAGCUGCAGAAUGUGUUUGUGUGUGUGUAUAUAUAGAAUAUGGCCACAAAUCCUUGCACAGAUUUUGCUGUUUUUAUAGUUCCCAUUGUACAGGUGGUAUAUGGUGUGUGUGUGUGUGUGUGUGUGUGUGUUUGGAGAAGUCACACGUUCCUUUGUAGUUCAGCCUAUAAUUCAUCACUUGCAAUAGCACAAAAUGUGCGAGGCUUUAAUUCUGCUCUGUUCUCUUUAAAGUCGCCGCACAUUGUGCUCAUCUUCACGGUAAAUAGACUGUGUGACUGCUGAAAUAUAAUUUCUGGUCACCCUCUUUCUGUACUUCCCAGAGGGGAAAUGUUAGUGAUGUCAUAGCUUCCAUUGUGUUACCUUGAUUGGACUGCCUUGUCUUAUCUGAAGUAGGUUAAGCUGUGUAUAGCUGGUAGUUGAAUUGUAUGACAACUUUUGUUGUUCUCCUGGACUGUCUGACUAUACUGUAUGGUAUACCCUGGUACCAGCCACUCACUGACCUAUAGCAGUGUGUUUUUACCUAAUAUCUGUUUCUACUCACUGGCCAUGCUACAGAGAGUGGUACAUGCUCUUUUCCUUAUUCUGGGUGGUUUGCCUGCUGGUGGGAUAUAACAGUCUGUCUGUCAGUGGCUUUGGUAGGUUUAAUGUCGGCUAUAUUCCAUUUGUACAUAGAAUACAUUUAAUUAUCUAGGUGUUGAGUAGAAAUUGUGUUAUUGUGGAUCGUCUAAUUAGGCUAGGUCCUCAUCUGUUAGAUAAUAGUGUCCUUUUUAAAGGGUUAAUCCGUGUCUAGAGGAUACAGCCGUGACCUAGUUGGGAGGAAGGCCUAUUGCCCUUGUUUGUCAUUUAUUGUUUCCAGUUACACAGAUUUCAUUUCUACCUCUAACACUUUUAUUGUGUCUUGUCCGAUAUUUAAAUCAAGCCUGCUGAACCCCAUACUUAGCGUUUUUACCUUAGAACUUCUAGAACUGCAUUCUCUUUACAAGGUGCUUGUUUAACCGAAACCCUGGGGGUGAAUCAAUUGGUGGGUAUGCUAAAUAGUCGCUAAAGCCCGAUACCAUCAGAUGUCAACUGAUUGGAAGAAUAGCAAAUUCCCCAGAACUCAGUUUACUGAAAAAUUCACGUCUCUGUGACUCUUUCUUUUAAGGAUUGAUGUAAAAAGGUUCAUUAACCUGUGCCAGUCCAGAAUGAAUAACCCGGUCUCUCUCUCCUGCAGCAACUACCGGUAAUAAAUUACAAGUAGAUUGCAUUUAAGUGGAGUUUGGUUACUGUCUGUUACUAUGUAUUACUCUUCAAAUGCCUCAGUGUUUCUUGUGAAGCGGUUUUGCAUAACUUUGUCACAUUAUGUUGCCCCCUUGAUGUAUCCAAUAAUUAAAGGACCAUUAUAGGCACCCAGACCACUUCAGCUCAAUGAAGUGGUCUGGGUGCCAGGUCACCCUAAUUUUAACCAUGCAGCUUUACCCUGCAGGGUUAAUCCAGCCUCUAGUGGCUGUCUCCCUGACAGCCUCUGUAGGCGCUUCCACGAUUUACACUGAGUAAAUUGCACUUAUUUGAUGCUGGAAGUCCUCACAGACCUCCAGUGUCAAAUAAGAUCCCCCAUAGGAAAGCAUUGAGUAAUGCUUUCCUAAGGGCGGGUUUGAAUGCACGCACACCUCUCGCCGUGAAUGCGCAUUCGGUUCCACUCGGGAGCUUAUGUCGAUGGAGGAGGAGAGGUCACCAGCGCCGAGUGAGCCCAGCACUGGAUUAAGGUAAGCAAAUAAAUGGUUAACCGUUUAGGUGAUUAGGGCUCUAUAGCGUUAGGAAUACAUACGUGUAUUCCUGACGCUAUAGGGUUCCUUUAAACCACAUAUAUAUGAAAUCAAGGCCAAACACCUUCUAUAUGAAAGGUAACGAUUUCAUUGCAGACAGAAUAAACAAAUAUGCAUGCAAGAAUGCGAGCUGUGCAUUGAUAAAGUAUUUGGCCUGGUAUGGACUUGGAUAUCUGUCUGGUGCGGCCGGUAAAUGACUCCCAUUUUAAUUAAGUUCCAGUGAAGUUGGAUCAUCUCCAAAUAGUUAAGUACCCUCACUACUGCCAUUAAAGGGACUUGGUGUGAAUUUUACCCUGUAGCCUUUUAACACUCCACUUCCAGGGAACUGCACUGAUAUCUCAGCAACUUAGUUUUCCAUUAAGUCCAAGUGUGGGGAAAUGCUUACAGAGGGUAGGGAGAGAUGAUGAGAGGAAAUAGUUGGAGGCGUUUUAUAAUUAAAUUACAGUAGGCCCCAAUGCCACAAAGGAUGACUACUUGCAGAUCUAUCACAAGAAACCCUGAACCAGCGGCCAUCCUACAGCUCUUAGCCCACCAUAUUACUGGACGCACCUAGAAAAAGGCAGUUUAGUGUUGGGCAAGGCCGUCUUUUCUUAUAUUUUAGUUCUGAAUUUUGCCCCAGUUUAAAAAAAAAAAAAUAUAUAUAUAUAUAUAUAUAUAAUUUUUUUUUUUAUACUUUGACACAAAUUCCAGCAUUUUCUUGCGCCAGAUGGCUUAUUAAUGGGGUGUGUGUGUGUGUGUGUGGCUGUCCGUUUAAUUGUCUGAACUCUACGCCAAAACUCUGUGUGAUUGCAAGUACAACGGUAGAAUAUUGCAAACCCUAUCAAAUGAAAUAAAUCAAAAACAAUUUAGAUUUUGUGUGUAUGUGUGUGUGUGUAACUGGCUGCUGCUGGAAUAAAUAUUGAUUUUUAUUUGCUUCCGUGCAGAAGCUUAGCUUCCGAAUGAUCUCUUACAGAAUUAAUGGCCGCUAUGUAGAUUUUGCACAGUGUAAAGAGGGGAAACCGGUUUUCAAUUUGUGACCUUGAAUUUACUGAAUAGACACACGCCCUGGCAACACUGUUUUCUAGUGCGCCAACUAAAAGUGUGCCAGAAGCAUUUUUGUUUUGUUUUUCCUGUGCUCCCAGCACAGAUGUCAUAGCCAAACUAGACCCUGUAUGGGCACCCUACAAUUGCAGCCCGGCAAAUUUUCUAUUAACCUUUCAAGUGCCGUAGUUGUGUACAGUAUGUUGCAAAACAUUGGUGCACGUCUGUCUCACCAAGGGUUAAUAACUUAUUUAGCCAAGCCAUCCAGAUUAGCAGAGCACUCUCCUGUACAUGCACAUUGGCAGGGUAGAGAUUUGGAGGUGCAGUAUUCAUUUCCUGGUGUAAGUGGAAAAGUAAGCUUUUCCGGUGUUGCAUUGUGACAGACACAGUUUCAGUUGCACUUCUUUCCUUCCUCUGGUGAAUCCUUACUCACAGAUCUGGGAUGCAGUGUUACCAUGUAACCACAUCCCAAUGCUCUGUUGGGAUACCAAAAUGUCACUUCUGUCACAACUCACACAGCCCACAGGAAUCCUCCCAUUACUUUUAGGGACACGGUGCCAGGUACAAUUUCUGUUUCCAUGUUUGUUGAACCCUGAUGUAGCACUCUUCAUCUGAGAAGGUCUGAUAAACAUUAAUUACUCACAUCCAUUACCGUCGCCCAUUCUUGUUAAAUGCAUUAACACCAAAAGAACUGCAGAUGUGGUGCUCAGGGCACCCAUUGGUAAACCGGUAGUAAAUAAAGAAAGAAAAUGUUAAUAUUUCAGGUCUAUACAUUGACUCAAGUCAUUGCUUUGUCUCGACAAUAUUUCAAGGAUUUAUUUUAAAUUGUUUGUGCGUGAACGUGGGCGAGUGUUUAAUUGUAGACCGUGAGAAAUACUUACUUUAUCUCCUCCUGGAUCCAUUCAGAAAACUAUCUACAGGAUUUGAUGAAUAUAGAGUAACCCACUCACAGUAUCUAUCUGGAACAAUCCAGGCUAGCGUUUAAUAAUGAUCCAGAAAUAAUACCAGGCUAUCUUCCUCUGGUAUUAUUAGAUGUACAGUCACCUGGGGCCGGACCUAUUCUUGGUGCAGACGCCUUCUGCUCAGAGGUUGAUGCACCCAGAGAACUCCAGUAAACAGGAUGUGAUGGAAUUAUGCAACUUUAUAAAUACAACUAUUAUCAAGAAGUCACCUGUAUGUGUAGAACUACGGAUCGCAGGGCCCACAACAGGUGAGUGAUAAAAUCUGGCUUCCAAUUCCACUAAAUUCAGAGUUAUUCACUAAAGUGGGACUUGUCUGGAAUUCAAAGUGAAAUUAAAUUAAUGAGGCAAAGUAGUCAAAUUGGAAAUAUUCUCCAAGUCAGCAAUGCUUCCAAUUCUGGUAGUUUGGCCUUAAAUAUGAAGUUCACUUUGAUUCUUCCUUUAGUAAAUAACCUGAAUAAUGUUAAACCCGUCCUGCUUGUUAUUUGGGUAGCGAGUACAAAAUCCCAUAAUGCUUUGUUGCAGAAUAAAAUGGGAGAGGUUUGAAUGUCUGUAAAAAACUAUAAAAGUUAAAUUUAUAUCAAAAAGCUAACAUCAUGGGUGUAAGAUGCAAUCUUUAUCAGUCUUAUAUAUGCAUUUGCUGGCAGUGUAUCCUAAACAAUGUGUAAAAUUAGUUUAUUUACUAAACCAAGAAUCAGACUGUAUAAAAUAAGGAAUUUAUUUACCAAACCGAGAAUUAGGCGCCACUUGACAACCUCGUGUCACCCCUGUCGGUGAGAACCCACAUGCGGAGCGUGGUUGCUAUGCUUCUCAGGCAGCCAAUACGUGCUGGGAUCUCACCAAUCCCAGCAUGUUUUGGGCAGUGUAUCCUAAACAAUGUGUAAAAUUAGUUUAUUUACUAAACCAAGAAUCAGACUGUAUAAAAUAAGGAAUUUAUUUACCAAACCGAGAAUUAGGCGCCACUUGACAACCUCGUGUCACCCCUGUCGGUGAGAACCCACAUGCGGAGCGUGGUUGCUAUGCUUCUCAGGCAGCCAAUACGUGCUGGGAUCUCACCAAUCCCAGCAUGUUUUGGCUGCCUGAGAGUGAUAGGAGUGUGAUUGCAGUCAGCAUGUUCAGUUGAUGCCAGAGUUUGUGUAGUAAUUGUGUUGCUUUUUUCAAAACUUUAAACGUAUUGAAUAUUGGCACCAGUUACAGGAAUCAUCCCAAAAGGUGAACGAUAAUCUGUAUCAGCAUUGACUCUUGAAUUAUAUUGGUGGAUCCCUAGUGUAUGUACACAAAAGGUUUAAAAUGGGUAAACCAGACUUGGGCCCUUAGCUUGCUGUGCCUUGAGAGGUAUGUGCACACUAGCCAGCUUUGGCUAGAGGGAAGGGGUGAGAGGCAUGUAUGUGAAGCAAUCUGUCUGAAUGUAAAAGGGAUAUCCCUUCCUAACAUGUAUGCAAGCUAGGAUGAAAGGCUACCUGUACACUGUGUUACCCAAGCGCUUGUGUAUGGGUGUUACUGGGCAGUGUUACAUUACAAACGCACUAAGCAUGUAUAUUUUGUUUUAUUGCGUCUGGCAGUGUGCUGCUAUUUCCAGACAGACUGUAGGUACAGUCUGAUUUUUCUAUAUAUGUUACAACAUCCCUAAUUAGCACUGUAUGAAAAUUGAAACUCUGAGGGUGGAACAAUAGCAAAUUGUUUAAAUGUGCGUUCACCUAUAGCAUUAACAUUAAAUGUGUACAGGAGAUCCAUGCUCGCCAUUAAUACAUUAUGCAAGUAUGUGUAGUAUGUAGGAAUUAGAAAUGCAUCAUUAGAGGCUUGUUUUUCUAUUAUUCAUUACAGAAGCCAAGAAGAAUAUAUAUUUUAUUUUAUUUAUUUAUCCAGUUCAUAUAUUAAAAUUGUGGCUAACCAUUUCCCACAGCCUGCUAAAUAUAGGUUUAGUAUUUCCCAUGUUAGGAAUCAUUGGGUCUUUAAGUUUAGGAAGUUUUAUUUUCUGUAAAAACCAAAUAGCAAUUACACACUGCCUUCCAUCUUCUCACCGUAUGGAGAGAGAGAGAUAGAUAUAGAUAUAGAUAUAGAUAUAUAUAUAUAUAUAUAUAUAUAUAUAUAUAUAUAUAUAUAUAUAUAUAUAUAUAUAUAUAUAUAUAUAUAUAUAUAUAUAUAUAUAUAUUCACACAGCGGAGGAAGUCGUUUUCAUUCAGGCUGUCAGGGAACCAAUACCAGUCUGUGCUUGGAUAAACUGACCUUUUGUUUUCCAUGUUCUGGGGUAACUGGUGUUUGAUAAUUGGGUCAGACACUGCUGGUGUCUUGUCUCUGGGGUCUGUGUGCCAGAUAGUAGGGUACAAGAGAACUGGUUAACUUUUGAAGAGUGGGUUUUUAACACCUUACUCGGACCAAAAAAACCAAAAACCUGUUUAUGUAAACCAGUGUAGUAAUGGCUUUGAUGCUAUUCACCCCCCACACCACCCAAAAAAGUCUUGUGCUUAUUGCUGAUCCUCCUUGGCUGAUGUCACACACAUUUGCUGGAUGGGGGAUAGCUGGGAGGACAUGGAUGGCACGGAGAGGGGGUGCCUGCUGGUUUUGGUGCCAUCGUGAUGUGCGUGGUUGUGCCAGAUGCCAGUUUUGCACAGAAUAGACAUUUGCUAGCCUAGGACUUUGUGUGGGUUUGUCUUGGGAGGGGGAUUGCUGAGUGGGAUGUUAACAGGGUGUGUUGUGGUUUGGGGGCGUUUGUGGGGGCUCGUUGGGUGAGCUAUUAAUGGGGCUUGUUGUGGGGUCUCUUGAGUGAGCUAUUAAUGGGGCUUGUUGGGUGAGCUAUUGGCAGGGCUUGUUGUGGGGGCUCGCUGGGUGAGCUAUUGGCGGGGCUUGUUGUGGGGGCUCAUUGGGUGAACUAUUGGCGGGGCUUGUUGUGGGGGCUCGGGUGAACUAUUGGCAGGGCUUGUUGUGGGGGCUCGUUGGGUGAGCUAUUUGCGGGGCUUGUCGUGGGGGCUCGUUUGGUGAACUAUUAGCGGGGCUUGUCGUGGGGGCUCGUUGGGUGAGCUAUUAGCGGGGCUUGUCAUGGGGGCUCGUUGGGUGAGCUAUUAGCGGGGCUUGUCGUGGGGGCUUGUUGGGUAAAUUAUUGGGUAAUCAGGACAGCCGCAGAUGCUGAGUCAGUUAACCUAGUUCUUGCUGUGACCUUGAUUUGCAGAGAAGUGCGAUUGUGUGCACAUGAUGGCUGGAAUCAUGCAGCUGUUUCAGAGAUGAGUAAUUUACUCUUCCUCGCUCAGCCACAUUGUGUUCAUUGGCCACACCGCUCAAACGUACAGAUAAAAUAAAGGUUAUUGGCCCAAUUAUAUUCUAUGGCAUUAAAGGCAUGCAGGAAUACCAACUUGGUAAAUAACGUUUUUACAAUUAUCUUCCCCUCCCACCCCACCAUGUGAAAUUCAAAUAAAACGUUGGAAAACCUAUCAAGCAGUGAUAAUGGUAAUAUUGUAAAAUGUCUUUCCAUAUAGUAAAGUGAACAUGCUCUUCUCUAACUGGAUUUCUAUAGGCUGGGUUCAUCGUAUUCUACAUUCCAGAAUCUAAAACAUCGCUUGUAUUCUAAAUUAACCAGUGUUGCUUAUGAAAGUGAAUACAUUUUACAUAAAUUGCAUAUAAAUUUAAAUACAAUAUAAUGCAACUUGUUUUAGUGCAAAAAAAUAAAUAAAUGCAUAUAAAACCAUACUUGUAUAACAGUGUAUCCUACAAAAGAAAAACGAACAAAUCCAUAGUGAAUACUGUUUGCAGUAAAAAGAUUCCCGUGUAAUCACCCUCCUCAUAAAGACAUGCUUGUUAGGGGAAGAGACCUCAUAGCUCAGAUCACAUGGUGCAAUAGGGCCAUUCACCUGUGACGCGUUUCGCCAAAUAGGGUUCAUCCGACAGUUUAAGCACCUGCGCACACACUGGUGGUUGUUGUUGUUAAUAUGGCCUGUAGCCUUCCCACUGUUUGCAGUCAGCAAAACGAAUACAAAAUAACACAAUCUCCGACAAAUAAGGUUAAUAGCGGGAAUAGUGAAAAUAUUUGCUCUGUGCAUCGAUUAGAUAAAAUGUUUUGUUGGUGACUUUUUACAGCUAAUUUUUUUUCUUUUAUUUGAAAAUAUUUUAUCUUAUAGGGAUACCCCUUAUGCAUUAUAUAGAUAAUGCAUAAAAAAUAUAUUUUACAUUAAAAAAAUAAAUAAAAUUAAAAAAAAGCAAAUAUACCAUAAGAUUUCAUGCUGUCUGCAAAAGCAGGAGUCUUUGUAUGUGGGAUGGGUUCUGGCAAAUGGUUCAGCACGAUCUGGGUGCACAUAUGUCCCUGCUGGACACAUAACCAAAUAAACAAAAACAGUCUAUUAAAAAUCCGAACAUUGGUUUAAAAAAAAUGUUCCAUUUCAUAUAGUUCAUUAUAUAUCGCCAACUGACACAUUAAUGUAUAUAAUGGAUCCUUUGGGAAUUUUGUAGUCAGCUUGGGUUUUGUUAGUCUUUCUAUAAAUCAUAGGAUUUAAAAUAAAAAAUAAAAAUUAUUAGAAAUAGUUAACAUUUGCAAAGACUCAAUAACGCUAUGAAUUGAAAACCAAACUGCAAAAUUUGGGCAAAAAUAACUUGAUUUAUGGUCACAGCUUAGCUAUGUUGGAUUGUGCAUGUACAAUUGGAUCUUCCCAAAUAACGUCAGAAACCUGUCGAACUAAAUCCCUGUAUUUCCCAGAACGGUGAACUGUGUUCUGUCUGUGCGUGAUGUAACCUGAUGUGGCUGGUGACGUUGUAGAACAAGAGAGGUGGAAAGGCAUUUGAUGUAUUUAUUGGUAAAAAUCUAAAAUUAAUCCACCAUCUCUUAUGAUGGUUAUGCAUUCAGGACUGUGGAAUUAUUAUGAUUUAAAAAAAAAUAAUGUAAAUCUACUAAAGUGGUAGCCCAAUCUAUGUGUCUGUCAUGAAAUUCUACUUUUCCUGACAUAAAUUAAUUUAAAUUUAAAAAGAUUGGGGCCACUGCCAAGAGCCCUGGACAUUGAAAGGUCUAUUUGCUGAACUCUGACUUUGUUAUAGUCACAUCAUGGUUGUCUUUUCCUCACUUUGGCAUUUGGAUUUAUUUUGCAAAAAUUUGGAGUCUUGUGAAUUGCCCUGUGUGUGUGUGUGUGUGUGUCUGUGUUCAUGCCUGUGAUGUGUGCAGGCGUAUGUGGUAUGUACUGACUUUAUUUGAUGUGAUUGUGACACACACACACGCCAGCACUCUCUGACCCAUGGACACACCGCACAGAUUACCAGCAGCAGCCUGUCCCAUGUUGUCUCUGUAUUUGUACAGCCACACUGAGUCCCGACGGCUUGUUAUAUCCAUUACUCCAUUGGCUGUCUGGCUACACAUACUGUGCGGGUUGGUGUCGGACGCCAACUUUUCACAGAAGCUAGUAACCGGCUGGAGAUGAAAUUAGAUUUCUGGUAGCAGUGGGGUUACAUUCUGUAUGGGUAGCUUUUCAAAGUGAAACACUGCACAUACAGACUCCAGGCACCAUGACCACUUCAAAUCAGUGACUAGUCAGGGUGCUUGGGAUAACCCUUUAAAAACUGUUUGUUCGAAGGCCUAUCCAGUCUUACUAUGAAAAGUUUUUGUUUAGCUAUAUAGUUUCAGUGAAUUCUGUGAGUUUUUAUUUAUUUAUUUUAAAUUUAUUUUUCAGCCUUUUAUAUAAAUCUCCCCUUACUUUAUUCCCUAUAAAUGGCUUAGCAUAGUUGCAUCUAUUUUAACAUGAUUUCCAGUGCUGAUACUAAAUACCUUUUUAAAGCAGUUAACGUCUAUUUAGUGUUGUUUAUCUCUCUGCUGUUUCAGAAAUUACUGGUAGGUGAGGUGUUAAUGAUGGUCAGUAGGUGACGGGAUCUGCUAGCCGCAUCGGUUUCUACACAUCCAGAUCUGCAUCUUUCAGGUGGGUCAGUUGGCGUUUUGUGAUGCGCUGUGGGUCAUGCUCCUCCAUUAUGUAAAAUGUGCGUGAGCCUGUGUUUGUGCAGGAGAUAUAGAUCCCAGGCGGUAAUUAAAUAACCUGCUCUCUGAAGCUAACCCUUUCAUGGCUUCCUGCAUGUUGUAUAAGUGAAACCCGAGAGACUAAAUUCAGUUAGUUUUAUAACCAAAGAAGGUUUUUAGGACUACUGCUGCCAUUCUGAAACCUUGCUCGUGGCUGACACAUCUCCUCUUUGGCUUUCACAGAUGGUCCAAUGGCCGACCAAAGAAUGGACAUCUCGUCUACAAUCAGCGAUUUUAUGUCCCCGGGCUCUACUGACCUCAUAUCUAGUUCCCAUGGCUCAGCCGGCAUGGAUUGUAACCGCAAAAGAAAGGGGAGUUUAACAGAUUAUCAGUGAGUAGUUAAUUUUUCACAAACUUUUUUUUGUCAUGUUUAUACAUUAAAAGACUCUGUAUCCACUAAACCUGGAAUUCUAACGAACUGACAAGAAAAUCGCACGUUCUCGCCCAUAUGAUUUCACUGGAAAAAUAUUAAAACUCUGAUGCUUGAUACUUUGGACAAAAAAUUACCAUUCCCUUGUCAGAUAGCAGAUCCCUGUUUAAUGAAUAACUAACGUUUGCAUCAUUUGUAAGACACAUGUUUUAGCACAUUAUACCUGUUUCAGGUACAAUGAUGAGAUUACGAAACUGCAUGUUCACAUCAAUUCAGCAAAUGUUAUAUCUUCUGAACUAGACCCAAAAAUCGUACAUUAGAGUGCAACCAAAAAAAUGAAAAGUUAAAAAUAAAUCAUUUUGAAAACUCCACAGAGCUUUCUCACUCACUAAUCCAAUUUUUAAACUAUUUUUCCAGUGAUAACGCUGAUAUUUAAAUAAAGAAUGAAAUGUACAGACUGCAGCAACAUUAAAGGUUUUUCUUUAGGUUUGUGGCCCUGACACAGAAGUUGUUUUUCAAAAAUGCUAUACGUGUAAAGUUUGUGAUCUGAACCGUAAUAACGUGCAGGGAGCGUCUCAUAUACUGUCAGCAAUGAAUUAUGGGGGGUAGUAUGUUUGUGAUAUAUAGAUAUAGAUCUAUCUCUCUAUUUUGUAUGCAGAACCUAGCUCUUUCCAGAGGUGUGUUUCCCAGCAACAUUUGAACGAUCCUGUUAAUGUGUAUCUACAGCUGUGACUGCAGUUCUCAUCCAUGGCACAUAGCUAGACUGUUUUACAGACCUUACAACUACAGCCUUGUGUGUCUGGAAUUUCUGUCCUUAAUACCAUAUUCCUGAACUCCUUCUCCCCUCUGUAUAGAUAUGGGUUCCCCUAACUCUUUCUUCCCUCUGUAUAGAUACGGCGUCCACUGACUCUGCUCCCCUCUGUAUAGAUAGGACGUCCACUGACUCUGCUCCCCUCUGUAUAGAUAGGGCGUCCACUGACUCUGCUCCCCUCUGUAUAGAUAGGGCGUCCACUGACUCUGCUCCCCUCUGUAUAGAUGGGGCGUCACCUGACUCUGCUCCCCUCUGUAUAGAUAGGGCGUCCCCUGACUCUGCUCCCCUCUGUAUAGAUAGGGCGUCCACUGACUCUGCUCCCCUCUGUAUAGAUAGGGCGUCCCCUGACUCUGCUCCCUUCUGUGUAGAUAGGGCGUCCCCUGACUCUGCUCCCCUCUGUGUAGAUAGGGCGUCCCCUGACUCUGCUUCCCUCUGUGUAGAUAGGGCGUCCACUGACUCUGCUCCCCUCUGUGUAGAUAGGGCGUCCCCUGACUCUGCUCCCCUCUGUAUAGAUGGGGCGUCCCCUGACUCUGCUCCCCUCUGUAUAGAUGGGGCGUCACCUGACUCUGCCUCUUGACCAGCAGGCUGUGCUUCAGUUACAUAUAUUCUAGAUGCAUGCAUUACUAAAAAAAAAUAAUAAUAAUAAUAAUUUCAGAAAUAAGAAAAAUAUUAGCAUUUUUUUUUCAUUUCCAAUUUGUAUAUUUACAAAAUUUGCUGACUAAAACUUUUUUUUUUCGUUGUUGUUGGUUUGUUUUUUAGGCUUGAUGGAUUUUCUUUUGAGUAAGUAUCUUCCGAUUUGCCAGAUAUACUAUGUGCCAAGAUAUGUAUUUAUGGGGGAAAAAAUACCAUUUUAUUUUUUUGCAAUUCCCCCAAAAUUUUUUAAAUCCAUUUUUGGGUAAUAUGUUCACAUUUUGUCACCAAAAAAUAAAUAAAUGAAAAUGCAUCUUCGCAUUAAAGAGCUGCUCAGUUUUCUUUAGGAUUUUUACCUCCAGAAAAAUGUUGUUUUUUGGGUACAUCCCACUCUCAUUAAGGCAGGUACACGUAAUGUAGGAAUACCAUGUUGGGUUCUGGGGGUUCCUAUAUGGAAUAUUCGUAUAAUGGGCAGUGGGUAUGUUAUGUGUGUGUGUGUCCCCUAUAUGGCGUAUUCAUAUAAUGGGCUUGGGAGUACAUUGUGUGUCCCCUAUAUGGAGUAUUCAUAUAAUGGGCUUGGGGGUACAUUGUGUGUCCCCUAUAUGGAAUAUACAUAUGGUUUUGUUUGCCAAUGCUAAAAAACUGUUUCAUUUGUUUUAUUCCAGUCACAGUGAAGGGAUGGAUACGGACAAGGAAGAUCCACAUGGGAUGUAAGUUAUGAGAUAUUCCACGCUAGGGAUCUAGUGUAUCUAGAAAGCUCAUUGUAGCACUUACAAUAUGAUAUGGGAGGACAGCGCAUCUAGAAAAAUCUACACCGCACUCACAGUAUGACACGGGAAGACCGAGCCUCUGGACAGCUCACCACACCACUCACAGUAUACGUUGUAACACCAUAGUGUAUCUAGGAAGACUCCCCACCCUGAUUGGAAUGCUGCGUUAUCUAGAUGUGAUUUCCUCCUAGAUCACACAGGGUGGGGAAUCUUCCCAGAUACACUAUGGUUCUAUAACAUAUACUGUGAGUGGUGUGGUGAGUUUUCUAGAUGUGCUGUUGUCCCGUAUCACUCACAGUAUGUUAUUUCAGAACAAUAUGUCUAGAAAAGUCAAUGUAGCAUUUAUAUUUCACAGUAAAAUGUUCUUAUUUUCAGGCUGGAAUAUACAGAGGGUCGAAUUAAAAAUGCACGGUAAGUGUCUGUACUCAAGGAAAUCAAAAAUCCUUUUUGUGUAUCUGUGGGUAUGUGUGUGUGUGUGUGUUUGUGUGUGUGUGUGUGCGUGUGUUUGUAUGCCAUGUGUCCAAGCUGCUAUAAAGAGUUUAAUGCUCUGUGCCUUCCUCCCCUCAGAGAAGCGCACAGUCAGAUUGAGAAGCGACGGAGGGAUAAAAUGAACAGUUUUAUUGAUGAAUUGGCCUCUCUAGUGCCCACGUGUAACGCCAUGUCUAGGAAGCUGGAUAAACUCACUGUACUGCGAAUGGCAGUCCAGCACAUGAAAACACUCCGAGGUGAGCGAGGCAGACUCAUUAUACACUAAAUCAGGACUGGUCAAUCUUAUUCUCCCUGUAAUAAUGGCGGAGAAACCGAUGUACAGCAAUGUUAGUUUGGUUAAAUGUUUUUCAAAGUGAGCAGAUACAUACACUACAUAUGAUGACAUUGUCAUUUCGUGGACAAAAUAGUUAAAGAUGUGGAACAGACAGACCUCUUUAAAUAUGACCAUAUAGCCACGUUGGCCCUAGUUAUUUGCAGGAAGGGUAGCUUCAUUUGUGUGGGGGUGUCUGUUUUUGUGUUCAAAUUUUUUUUUUUUUUGCGGGUGGGGGGAUCUUUUUUCAGUAAUGAGACCAACUCUCCAAUUAGUUUAGGAUUUGCAAAUAACGGCUUCUAUAAUGCACAGGAUGCAUAAUAACAUGUCAAUAGAAUGCUUCUUUAACUUCUCCUUGCUGGCAGGUGCUACGAAUCCUUAUACGGAAGCAAACUACAAGCCUGCAUUUUUAUCAGACGACGAGCUGAAGCAUUUAAUUCUCAGGGUAAGUAAAGUGUUUUUUAUUUAUUUAUUUUCCCGCUUACUCGGUGUAAAUUCCUUAUUAAGACUUGGAUAAUUUCCCUAAACAUUUUUGCACCAAGCAUUAGAUGCAAUCCACUAACUAGUGAUUGAGUAAAAAAAUAUCAUAUGGCUCUCCCCAAAUCUUAGGAUGCCAGCGGCUGAUACAGUGAUCAUCUGCCGACGCCACAGUGUAUUAGUCACCGCUACAACCUACCAAUCUUGUCGGGUAAACAAGGAGGGAAAUGAACACUUAAGCCUCAAAGAAUACAUUUUUAAAUUCACCUUUAAUGAGACUUGACAAAAACAGUUGCUUUGUGGGACCUGAAGGUGUUUAUCAUUCUGACCAAAUUAAAUGCAUCAAAACAUAUGUUUCUGGAUAAGUCGUAGCCUUGUGUGUACCGGUUUUAUUUUAAUAAUUCACCCCGACAAUGUAAAACCCGCAGCAGGCGCUCAGAGUAGCUGCUAUUAGAAUGAAACCCAGCAUCAUCUUGCACAGAGAAUCUUGGGUUUUCUGAUUGAAGCAGAUGAUUGCAUGAAUAUGGAUGUUCUGUUUUUGUAUACAGAGAGUAAAAUUAGGCUCCGUUCCACACCGCUCCCCAUUAACCGUUUUGAAUGAACCAUCAUGACACAUUGCUGUAGACAAACUGGUGAGAUUUCAAAGUGAAUUUCAGAUUUAAGGCCAGAUUUUUUCCUGUUUGGCUAUGUUGACCUUAAAUUUGAAAUUCACUUUGAAAUCUCACUUUCAUAAAUAACUGUAAAUGUGUUUAUUUUUUUUUAUUUUUUUAUUAUCCAUAAAUCCACCAACCUUACAGGAUUUACUUUGUCUUUCAGGCUGCAGACGGGUUCCUUUUUGUUGUAGGCUGUGACCGAGGGAAGAUAUUGUUUGUCUCAGAAUCUGUAUUCAAGAUUUUAAAUUACAGCCAGGUAUUCCUUAUGAAGUCAACGGAUAUUAAUGUUAUACAAAAUGAAAUGCUGUGUGAAAGUAGGGAUGGCCAUAGAGGUGUCCCAGCUGCAAAAGCAAGGCAUAGCAUCAUGGGAAUUGUAGUUCUGGGAAUCUUUCUCUUACCCCUGUAUUAAAAUCUAGAAUGCUAUACUGAUUUCCCUUUUUCGAAUAACCCUUUUCUGAAUUGCAAUUGCUGUUUGUUUACACAUUGAGACUAAUACACGAAUCUGCAAAGUUUAGGGGGCUCUUCUGGCAAGAGUGAGCUCUUCUCCAAUUCAUAGACACAUCGAUUGUGACAGCAGAUAAGAACUGUUCGGCUCAUCUAGUCUGCCCAAUUUUCUAAAUACUUUUAUCAGUUCCUGGCCUUAUCUUAUAGUUAGGAUAGCCUUAUGCCUAUCCCAGGCAUGCUUAAACUCAUUCAAUGUGUUAACAUCUACCACUUCAGCUGGAAGGCUAUUCCAUGCAUCCACUACCCUCUCAGUAAAGUAAUACUUCCUGAUAUUAUUUUUAAACCUUUGCCCCUCUAAUUUAAGACUAUGUCCUCUUGUUGUGGUAGUUUUCUUCUUUUAAAUAUAGUCUCCUUGUUUACUGUGUUGACUCCCUUUUAUGUAUUUAAAUGUUUCUAUCAUAUCCUCCCUGUCUCUUCUUUCCUACAAGCUUAUACGUGUUAAGAUCCUUUAACCUUUCAUGCAAUCCAUGAACCAGUUUAGUAGCCCUUCUCUGAACGCUUUCCAAUGUAUCCAUUUCUUUCUGGAGAUACGGUCUCCAGUACUGCGUUCAAUACUCCAAGUGAGGUCUCACCAGUGUUCUGUACAAUGGCAUGGGCACUUCCCUCUUUCUACUGCUAAUACCUCUCCCUAUACAACCAAGCAUUCUGCUAGCAUUUCCUGCUGCUCUAUUACAUUGUCUGCCUACCUUUAAGUCAUCAGAAAUAAUCACCCUAAAUCCCUUUCCUCAUAUGUUGAGGUUAGGACUCUAUCAAAUAUUCUGUACUCUGCCCUUGGGUUUUUACGUCCAAGAUGCAUUAUCUUGCACUUAUCCACAUUAAAUGUCAGUUGCCACAACUCUGACCAUUUUUCUAGUUUACCUAAAUCAUUUGCCAUUUGGCUUAUCCCUCCUUCCAAUCUUAGUAUCAUCAGCAAAAAGACAUACCUUACCAUCAAGUCUUUACCAAUGUGAGGCAGAAAUGGGUGGGGAUAGAGCAAAUUAUGUAUUAUUUUCUUAGACCUAUGUGUCUUGUCAGAUUGACACAAUAACUGGAAAAAUAGUGGAGAGUAUAAUGCUGAGUGAUCGAAACUAGGAAAAAUGAAAACCUUGUAGUUGCAAUAAUGGAGGGGGGGGGGGUCUUGUUUCUGAGGCCUAUUUUAAAGGCGAAGUUUGAAACCGGUAUUACUGGUGCUACAUUUUAGGGGAAUGCCAGUGAGGGUCUUAAAGUAGGUGAUGUGGAUACAAUGUGUGAGAGAGGGGUGUUACGGAGUAAUAAUAAAUUUGAUAAAUUAGAUGGAUUUUUUUUUUUUUCACUGUCCUCUAUCUUACUACUGACCAUGUAAUCCAUAAACUUUCAUUGUAUUAUCUUUCAGAACGACCUGAUAGGACAGAGCUUGUUUGACUACCUGCACCCUAAAGAUAUUGCCAAAGUAAAGGAGCAGCUGUCGUCGUCUGAUACAGCCCCCAGAGAAAGGCUUAUUGAUGCAAAAAGUAUGAAUUUCUCAUCUUGUUCAAAAUCCACUUUAUCUUAAUAUGUUUUUAAUAAAGUCCCCGUCAUACUCAAAGUACUUGCAGCUGUCUCAGAUGAAAUUAAUUUCACAUAACCUUCAGACAGCGUAUAAAGCUCUUUGAUUCAGAUUUAAUAGAGGAUACUGACCACUGUUUUGUGUGCGCUUUUGUCAUAGCUGGACUCCCUGUAAAGACAGAUAUUACGCCAGGACCGUCACGUCUUUGUUCUGGAGCUCGGCGGUCAUUCUUUUGUCGAAUGAAAUGUAACCGGCCUUCUGUUAAAGUAGAAGAUAAAGAUUUCACAUCAAACUGCUCAAAAAAGAAAGGUUCGUGCUGGUAUGCGCUGAUCUACCAUUGCAUGUGUUGGCAACGUACUAAAUAUCUGAAUGCUGGUUGUGAGAGGGCGUAAAUAUUUUGAAAAGUGUGUGUAUAUCGAUUACUGGAUGUGUUUGGACAUCAGUCUUUUACAAGAUGCAGGUUGAUUUCUGGCUCUGUGAUUGGUUUUGGAUAUACAUAUGUUGCAGAAUAAGUUCCGAUCACUCUAGAUGAUGUAGGCUACUUUCAUGAACUGAAGCUAUAACGGAGUACUUUUUUUUUUUUUUUUUUUUCUGGGAGAAGAUAUUGUUUGUUGCUAACAGUUAAAUGUUUCUUUCUGUGUAGCGGAUCGUAAAAGCUUUUGUACGAUACACAGCACUGGGUAUUUAAAGAGCUGGCCACCCACUAAGAUGGGGCUGGAUGAGGACAAUGAGCCCGACAAUGAGGGGUGCAAUCUUAGCUGCCUUGUUGCUAUUGGACGAUUACAUGCACACAUUGUACCGCAACAAAUCAAUGGAGAAAUCCGAGUCAAGUCCACUGAAUACGUCUCCCGACAUGCAAUAGAUGGAAAGUUUGUGUUUGUAGACCAACGGUAAGAUUAAUUACUUCCUAAUUACAGGAGUGUUGUAGUAUCUUUGUGUCCUUGAGUUGUGAAAAAUGCUUUUUUGCUGCUAUUUGUAAAGUAUACACUGCAUGUUUGAAGUCUGUAAAUUGCUUCAGAUAUUUUGGACUUUUUAUAGAAUUCCCCCUACCCACUCAGACAUCCCAUGUUUAAAUAUUGUUUGUCACACACAAGCAUGUUCUGCCGCUUUUCAAUUUGAUCUUCGCCAGCAUAGAUUGUUUAUCUACAGUAUAACAUCAAGCAUCCUAUGUCCCUCACCUCAAACCAGCUUCAUUAUUGUGGCCUAAAGGAUUUAAAUUCCUGAAUUCCUGAAUUCCUGACUGUUGACACUUUAGUUAAUAACACACACACACACACUCUUAGCAUUCCAUUAAUUAAUAAAUAACCUUGGACGGGGGUAAAAAAAAAUUAGAACAGUGGAUAAGUUUUUAAUAUCCUUGUAGUAUAGAUAACUAUAUCACUCAUUUCACAUUCACCUUGUGACGUUUAGGAUAUCAAUGUCCACAUGGCCUGUGAUUCUAUGACCGGUAACUGCCACAGCUGUGAGUGGGAUACGAGAGGUGCACUGUUCCAUACAUGAGACCAGAGGAAGGUUUUUUUCCAUACAGAAUAAAUUGGAAACUUUUCUGUGAAAAUUGAGUCUGUAUUGUAUUGUAAAAUACACAAUGAAUGAUGAAAUCUAUUUCCAUACAGGGCAACCGCAAUUUUGGGCUAUUUACCGCAGGAACUCCUAGGCACCUCAUGUUAUGAAUAUUUUCAUCAGGAUGAUAUUGGAAGUCUUGCAGAGUGCCAUAAGCAAGGUGUGUACCUGCAAUGUCUAUUUCCCGUGCCAAGAAAUUAAAUUUAGAAAAACCCUAAUGCAAAGUCCACCUAGAGACCUACAUCUGAUUGGUGCAGGAUGGUGUGAUACUGGCUUGUGAUAAAACUGAGCAUAUCUAAAAAUGAACUUUAUAUUUUAUUUCUUAUCCAGUUUUACAAACUCGAGAAAAAAUAACAACAGAUUGCUACAAGUUUAAAAUCAAAGACGGUUCGUUCAUUACCCUGAAAAGCCGAUGGUUCAGUUUCAUGAAUCCGUGGACGAAAGAAGUGGAGUACAUUGUCUCCACGAAUACUGUGGUUUCGUAAGUAGCAAUUUUUUUUUAAUUUUAUUUUUCCUACAUAUCUUUUAGUUAUUUUAAAUUUUCUAAGUUUAACCAAUAAGCACAGGCUUUAUGUUCUCUGCGGAAAAGAGCAGCAGGUAAAGGGUUUGUGACACAUUCAGCAGAGCUUAUUUAUUUAUUUAUUUUUAUUUAAACCCAAUAAAGAAGUAUACUGGACUCGUAAGUAUGCAUAUAAGAAAAUACAAAGAUAAAGAACCACGCUUACAGCAGCAGUAGCUUAGUAUCCAACAGCUCAAAAUACAUAGUAAAAACAAAGCGCUCUGGCCUAAAUCCCUAUGUACAUUUAAACAUAGUUUUAUUCCAAUGGCCAUUUGAAUAUAAACUCACUUGCCACGUCAAGGCAAGCCCCAAGUGGUUUGUCCUACACUAGCCAUUAGAUAUGCUGAUAUCAGCCAAGAAUCUCCAAUGAAACAGGAAGGGGUAUUUUAUAAACCCUUUCACAUUUAACCCUUUAUAGGGCUUCUACGCAUACAAUAAUCUUUGCUGGUAUCAGACAAACAGUAAACAUCUUUAAUGAGACAUGAAGGGGUGUUUUAAAAACCCCUACAUACUUAACCCUGAAUAGGGCUAUAACACAUACAAAUCACCUUGCUGGUAUCAGGUAAAAGGCAAAGUUCUCUGAGACAGGAAGGGGUGCUGCCCCUACAUACUUAUAAACUCUUAAUAAGACAAACAUGGGGAGACUCUUUGUUUUUAUUAUGUAUAAGAAAAUAGAUUUCUAUAGUUUGACUAUUGAUCAUUGUUCUGAUUUUGUUGUAGAGCAAGUGUUGUAGAUGGUGGAGAGUCUGGCUAUUCCAAUCUAUCCGCUUCUCCGCCCAAUAUGGACAGCCUGUUACAGUCGGGAGAAGGUGAGCAUCAAAUGUUCCGAUUUUUAUUUAUUUAUUUUCUUUUUUCUUUUUCUAUUUCUCUCUUAAAUAUAUUGUGCUUGGAACCUGUUUUCAUAACUUCCCAUCCAAAAUUAUUGGGUGAAGGAAAGUGGCUUUUUGGAUGUGCACAGGUUUUACAAAAAAGUAUUUAAUUGAAUAUUUGUUAUUACUAUAUUUUAGAAGGGGAUCCUUCAUGCAUAGGGGUAGAGAUUACAUUGUAUGAACUAGUACCAAGUCCACUUUACACUCUGGAAUUAAAAUUUUGGACUCUUGGAGGGUGAUUCACUGUGUGAAUGUCCAAUUUUUGGCCAAAAUAGCUGAAUCGAAAAGUGACCUUGCAGACCUUGGAGAACUUUUUUCAACUCUGCCUAAAACUUUGAAUUCACACUUAUUCACUGAACUCUGAAUUUUUGCAAAGUAAAUCUGAAUUGGGUAGGCAAAAAUAGCCAAUCUGUGACUAGUUAGAUAAUUUUCCCAGAUCUGCCUAUUUUCUCAUUUCGGAUUUAAUUCCCGAACAUUGAGAGUUUAGUGAAUAAUCCUGUUUGAAUUCCUGUCAGUUCACGCUUUAGUGAAUAACCUUGUUAUAUUUAAUUGUACAGUUGCGUUAUAAAAAGUGUGUUGUGUAUGUUUUAAUAAUGUAACCCUACAGUAUUUAAAUAGGUAAACCUAUAUAUACACUUAUUAUGAACCUUCUUUUAGGUGGAACAAAAAGGACACAUCCCUCGGUCCCUGGCAUUCCCGGAGGAACGAGGGCCGGAGCAGGAAAAAUUGGCAGAAUGAUUGCAGAAGAAAUCAUGGAAAUUCAUAGGUGAUUAGAAUAUGGGUCAUUUUAAUGGGGGGAAAAAAACAAAAACCAGAGGUAAAAAAUAUGAAUUAAUGGGGGUUGAGGGGAGAAUCAUGGAAAUUUACAGGUAAUAAUAAAAAUAGGGAUUAUAUUUGAGGCAUUUUAUUAACCAAAACCACUGUAGCUUUAUGUAGUAAUUGGUACUUUUUAUCAAAUUAUUUAAGAGUGGUUAAACUGGGGCUCUCAUCUGCACCCAGAAACUUCAUUUCUACAUCUGCUGUAAUAAUUCCUAAUAAUGCCAAUUGUGUCCAACAUAGGCAGAAAGUGAUGGGGUCUGUGCUUUAUUUAAAUGGAGAAAGCUGCCAUAUAAUUCAAGUCACAGUAAAUCAUAGCAUGGAAGGUACUCUUUAGGAGGGAUACAGGAUAUCAGAACUAAUUGCUUUAAUCUGCAACUUUGUGGAGGUUACUGACUAACUAAUAGAAUUUUUGUUUUAUGCAGAAUGAGAGGUUCCUCUCCUUCGAGCUGUGGGUCCAGUCCACUGAACAUAACCAGCACGCCACCACCUGAUGCCACGUCCCCUGGAGGUAAAAAGGUAAUGACACAAGCCAUUUUAUUCUCUACUCAAAGAAACCGAGAUUAUUGGGUUUGAUGUAUUUAUCAUGGCUACCCCCAAUUUAUUUAUUUAUUGUGUAAAAAAAUAAAAAUUAAAAAAAAUCCCAAGACUGAUGAGCCACAACAUGUAAAGCUUAAACCGCCUGCCUAAAAUGUAGGUCCCCCUCCUGCUGCCAAAGCAGUUCUGAUGCAUCGAGGCAUCAACCUGUCCUAUGGUAUCUGGCACCAAGACAUUAGUAGCAGGUCACCGAAGGUCUGUGAGUUGUGAGGUGGGGCCUCCAUGAACGUGUUCGUCUAACACAUCCCACAGGUUUAAUCAGAUUUAGAUCUGGGGAAUUUGGAGGCCAAGGCAACACCUUAAACUCUGUCAUGUUCCUCAAGCCAUUCUUGAAAAAUCUUUGCAGUGUGGUAGCUGCAUCAUCAUGCUAAAGGCCAUUGUCAUGAAGGGUAUACGUGGUCUACAACAAUCUCUAGGUAGAUGGGAUGUAUCAAAGUAACAUCCAUAUAAAUGCCAAGACGCAAGGAUCCCCAGCAGAAUAUUGCCCAGAGCGUAACACUGCCCCUGCAGCCUGCCUUCUUCCCAUAGUGCAUCCUGCUGCCAUCUCUUCCCCAGGUAAACAACAAACAUGUAUCUGGCCAUCCACCUAAUCUAAAAGAAAACGUGAUUCAACAGACCAGGCAACCUUCCUCCAUUAUAGAAAAAAAAGUGCAAGGUGUGUUGGCACUUCUCAAUAUAGAAGAGGAAUCAAAAAGGGUGUAUCCCCUAAUUACCUUUAAAAUAUCCAAUAAAAAAUACACAGUACACCGCAAGUGAAUGCACACAGGUAAUGCCUAACACAGUAUAUCAAAUUCAGGUCAAACAGGUAUAUCACAAAAUAUAAGAGAAAUAAUACAUAGUGCUUUCUGUAAAUAUAAAAAUACACUUAAGAACCAGAGGAAUCAAACUCACACUGUGAAGAGCUAUAUCAAUCUCUAUCUAAGGAGCUCCAGGGUGCCUUCACAGGCUACGAUUUCUGCCCUGUAUUUGAUCUAAAGGAGAGAUGGAGAGGAAUGAUCCAAGGUAAAUAUAAGACCACUUUAUUAUGGUAACAUAAAAUAGGGACAAGACAUGAAGCAGUAUCAAUAUAAAUAAAAUUAUAUACAAAGCAAAAAAGAGGGAAAAUAAAAAUAUAUAUAUUCCCAAAAUGUGGAAGGCAGCAGACUCGUUUAGACUCUCUCAGGAGACUUCUUCAAUACUGACUUGCCUCUCCGUAGUGUGCAGUUAAAUAUCCCUUGUAUUAGUAAAAUCUGAAGCAGAUAAGUUCCGGGUUUGGCGACACUAAAUAUAAACUAAAAAAAUUUAAAACAAUGGGCAGAGACACUGUUUUUCAUAUCUGUGUUCUGCAAUACGUGUUUAAAAACCUCUAGUGGUCAUUCCUAUGUAUUGCAGUCCACAUAGACACCAGAGAAGAUAUACAGUAAUGACAAGUCAAAACAUCUUUAAUAUAAAACAAUUGCCCUGAUACUAAGGAUUUAGAAGGGAAAAAAACUUUUUUUAGGGCUAGUGUUUUUACAUCCUGGACAAAGUUUACAAGGAUAAAGGCCAGGUUUCUGACUAAAAACAUGGUUAGACUUUCUCGGUUUGAUAAAACUCCUAACUAAAUUGUGUUUCAAACUAUUCGCUCCUCUAUAUAUAAUAAUCGGUCUGUUCCCAAUUAUGCUGUUAAGAUUCUCUAAUUCUGACGCACACCUCCCCAUUGAAGGUGCUUUUGGUAAUGGGUAGAGGUCAUCAUGGGCACUCUUUCGAUUAUGGGGCUGCACAGGUGCAGAACGGUCAAACCGCAAAGCACCAUGUGUUCUGACACCUUUCUAUCAUAGCCAACAUUUGGUGUUUCAGCAAUAUUAGAGACAGUAGCUCUGUGGUUUGACCGGACAGGCAAGCCUUCGUUCCUCACGUACAUCAAUGAGCUUUGGUCGGUUCACCGGUUGUCCUUCCUUGCCCCACUUUUGGUAGGUACUAUCCGCUGCAUACCAGGAACACCCCACAUGAUGUGCACUUUUGAAGAUGCUCUGCCCCAGUCGCCAAGUCAUUCAAACAUGUCAAAGUCACUCAGAUUUAUUCAUUGCCCAUUUUUCCUGCUUCCAAUACAUGAAAUUCAAGAACGAACUGUUCACUUGCUGCCUAAUAUAUCCCCCCCUUGACAGGUGCCAUUGUAAAAAUAUAAUCAAUGUUAUUUACGUCACCUGCCAGUGGGUGUAGUGUUGCGGCUGACAGGUGUAUAUGCCUCUUUAAAAUAUGUUGAAGAGGAUUAUUAGUUACCUAAUCCUAUAAAUUAUGCCAUAUCUCCAAAGAGCUUACUAUGCCACACUGAAAACACACUGUUUUUGGUUAUUCAAUACUGUGUCAGGAAUUCAGCGAAUUUGAAACAUAAGGCCAAAGUAGCUAAAAUAGAAGCGUGCUGACUUGAAGAAUAUUUCCAGUUUGAAUGCUUUAGGCUCAGAUGUGCAAUUCUCACCUGAAUGGAUAAUCCUGAUUGUUUUAUGCUUCCACGAUAUAUCAAAUCGGUCAUGAAAAUUAAAACCUGUCAAUUGAAAAUCUAAACCCCGAUAUUGUGGCACUGCUUGCAAAUCUGUUAUUUCAGCCAUCUUUAUCAUCGCAAGGCAAUGGUUUACCUUUAAACACCUCAAUGUGUUCUGUAGCUGAAUUUUCAGACUGGGCUGUUCAUUGUUAUGCUGUGUAUUAUGUCAGUAUGUGUUGUGCUUCCAAUCAAGCCUUGAAAAAUAACUUUUCAUGUCAAAAAGUAGCCACUUCUUUUAAGAAGUCAAUAAACGAGGCCCUGAAUCUACCUAAUGAAAUGCAGAAUUAGUCUUUAUAUUUUGCUAUUUUUGACAGAAUGAUCAGAACACCCUUCCAGCUUGCUACAUUUUGUGUGUAAUGACGUACUGUUUGCUGGCUGGAACAGUCCAUAUCACGAGUUCAGAACAUAUACCCCUUUAUAGAUCACAUAACAAGAUAAAACUGGGGGGGUGAAUCAAAGCCACUUUUGCUAGAAGGUAGCCCAGGAGGCAUUUUAAAUCCUACAAAGAAUUUUACAGAGAAAUGAACCAACCUCCUGGCAUUCCGUUCUACUUGUCUAUCAGGAAGCCUGGUACUAGAUGUCGAUACAGGGCUGAAAACUGAGCACAAAUCCUUCAUUAAGUGGCUUUUAAUUUUGUGAAAAUGGUCCGUGUCUUCAGAUGACUUAAAUGAUUAAAGUAUUGGAAGAAAUGUUCUUGUCUACUCUUUUUACUGCAGUGUAUUAUCUAAUCUAUGACAAUGUAUAUGCAGAGUGGUAUUAAUUGGUGUUUUACUCUUAUUUUUAUUUGUUGUCUUUUAGAUAUUAAAUGGAAACACUCUGGAUAUCCCCACCUCUGCAUUGUUAUCCAACCAAGUCCAGGACAACUCCAGUUUCCCCUACUCAGACAGUUCUACAAUGCUUGGUAAGAAGUGUGUAGUAAUGACAGCAUUAAAGGUUAUUGGACAGUUCUUUCUAUCCCCUCUGUAUCCUGCUCUAAAAUGUACUUUUUUCCAAUCUGGUGAAGGACAAAGUUCAGUAAAGUUCUUAAAACAUUUACCUGUAGGAUUUCUGGAUGUUGACACCUUUAUAAAUGCAGGAAUAAGGAGAGGCUAGGAAUUUCAAUAUAUUAACUAAAAAUAUUUUUAAAAAACGGUGUAACAUAAUACACAACAGUGAAGUGUGUAUGGGGUUGGUGUUGAGCAUGCAAGGCCAUUGUGCGGUUCUGGAGAUUCUCUUUGAUCUUGUUAGUUUGGUUUCCAGAAAUACACACUACCUAUAUAUAUAUUUAUAGAAUUGAUCAAAGUUCUGACUGCUGAGAGGAAGGAGUAAUCUGGCAAGAGGCUCAUGCUUGGUCUGUUGGUCCUGCAAAGAGUGCCACCAGCUGGUGAUUGUGUAAAGUUAUACCCCUGGUGUAGCUAUUAUUCAAAGUAAAGAACCACCUUGUUAACCCCUUAAUGACGGACCAGGUCCAUCAUGUUGGGGGAAACAAUUAACGGCGGAUGAAGGACCCGGUCCGUCAUGUGCCAAAAUUAACCCCUGAUCGCUGUGGUGCCGUCGAUCGCGGGCUUAACAAUGUUACUGGGUGCCUCCGAGUCAGAGGCAGACCAGCAAAUCGCGAUGUCCCAGCCCAGAUGAUCGCUGUGACAGCCAGUCACAGCGGUCACAAUGCUGCUGGGAUAUCAGAUCCGCCUCCCUCCACCUCUUGUGGGUUUUUGAAGUGGAGAGAGACGGGUCGUUGUUACAUUGUGUCCCUGAAGUAAAUAAAUUGUCUGAAGAGGUUCCAAAUCCCCUUUACCCUGUUCUUUAAAAAAAAAAAAAUAAAAAAAAAAAUAAAAAAAACACUUUCCCUGAUGAUUGAUCGCUGCCAGCAGUGAUCAAAAUACAGACCACAGUACUUUACUGUGAUCUAUUUUCUUUUAUUUAUUUUUUUUACCCUGUGAUUUUUUAUUUUUAUUUAUUUUUUUAAUCCUAAGGGGGUUAAAUUGAAUUUUAAUAAUUUGUGAUUUAGUUAGGGUGGGUGGAAUUUAGUGAUAAGCUAAUUAGUGGUGGAAAUAAUAAACUUUAACUAAACUUAAAUUUUUUAUCUCAUUACAUAAUGCUUAGGACGUUUAGCGCAAAGGAGGCUUAUGCCCUGUUAGGGCCGACACUGCCUCAGAGCGUGACGCAUGGGACAGGGACUUUGUGCCAGAUACUGCAGGACCAUCAGGAGAAAUCACUGAUUCCCCUAAUGCUGAACAUGGUGCAGAUGACUGGGUACCCCCUAAUAAUUUUUCACUAGACAUCCCAGAGUUCACUGCCAAUCCUGGCAUACAGGCUGACCUGUCUGGCUAUAAUGUGCUGGAUUGUAUGCAGCUGUUCUUGGGAGAUAGUCACCCAGACUAAUCUGUACACUGAGCUGUAUCUGGCACACAAUCAAGAGUCUCUUAUUGCCAGGAAAGAAAGAUGGAACCUAACCAGUGGGCCAGAAUUGAAACCGUUCUGGGCACUGACAAUGCUAAUGGGGAUAAUUAAAAAGCCCACAGUUAGAAUGUAUUGGUCUAAAAAACCCAUUUUCCCCAGAUAAUGAGUAGGGACAUAUGAAGACAUACUGCGAUUUAUGCAUUUUAGUGACAAUACGAAGUGGCCCCCAAAAGCACAUCCGCAGUAUGAUCUUCUAUAUAAAAUACGCCCUCUAAUUGCCCACUUUAACAAAAAAAAAUGCCACUGUUUAUACCCCAAAAAAAAUCUAUUUCUAUUGAUGAAUCCCUCAUAAGGUAUAAGGGAAGACUAAGGUUUAAACUGUACAUCCCAUCCAAAAGAUCCCAAUAUGGGAUCCAAUUUUAUAAAUUGUGUGAAAGUGGCAGUGGCUAUGUGUACACCUUCCGUGUAUAUGAAGGAAGGGACAAGUGGGAAAAUUGUUUGGGACCUAAUCAUCACCGUUACUAAACAAGGGAUAUCACUUGUAUAUUGAUCAAUUUUAUAAUAGUAUCCCACUUCUAAAAAUGCUGUAUUGCUUUGAGACCAUGGCCUGUGGCACUAUUCGGAUGAGCCGCACAGGUUUCCCAAAGGCUGUAGCAGAAAAAAAUUUUUUAAAGGGGGGGGAACCAGCUGCUCUCUGCCAGAAUGAACUGCUGGCACUAAAGUACUGCGAUAAAAAGGUGUUCAUCCUAAUCACGAUCCAUGGUGAACGCACUCGCAGGGUCACAGUUUGUGGCAGAGGGGAAAUUUAAAUGGGUGCCAGUUUGCAUAAAACAGUACAAUCGUCAUGUGGGGAGAAUUGACCUGUCUGAUCAAGUGAUGCAGCCGUAUUUGAUCAUGCGAAAGGCCAAGGCAUGGUAUAAAAAAGUGGAGAGAGAGAGAGAGGGAGAGAGAUAUAGAUAGAGAUAUAUAUAUAUAUAUAUAUAUAUAUAUAUAUAUAUAUAUAUAUAUAUAUAUAUAUAUAUAUAUAUAUAUAUAUAUAUAUAUAUAUAUUAAUAUAUUUCAGACGCCAAUCCACAAUCAUUUCAGUUUCAGCUCAUUUCUGGGUUGCUUGAGUGCCACAGAGGGGGACCAUCAGUGGAGCCUAGCAGAAGAAUGGAGGCAGGUCACUUCUGCUUCAGGAUUCUAUCAACCCCCAAAAAGAACCCCACUUCGCCCCCGAAAAGGUGCAGGGUGUGUUACAAGAGGGGUGUAAGAGCUGAGACCAGUUAUUACUACCCCUCUCAGCCAGGCCUAUGUAUUGGCCACUGUUUUAAAAAUUUCCACACCCAGGCCGAAUAAGUAGACUGGUUUUGGAGUGUAAUUUUGGUUACCAAAUCUUGGUUUUGGCUCCCGUUUAUUCUGUCUUCUCUGAUCCUUGACCUCGGCUUGUCCUAUUGUUGUUCCGUUUCUCUUUACUCCUUUGACCUCAGCUUGUAACUUGACUAUUCUCUGCUUGUAUAGCCCGGCCAUUCUAAGGACCGGUAUUACACGUUUCUCUGUGUGGUCUGUCUGUGUUUUGGUUCCGGAAUCCAUGAAAGCGUUGCCCGGGACGUAGAUGACUGGGUACUACCCCCUGAUAAGACUAUGCCAAAUAUUCCCUCUUUUACAUCAAAUAGUAUGCACUUGUUCAUAAUUUGAAUUGAUGAGCUACUUAUAUUCAAAACAGAUGUGGCCUUUGAGAGGUAAUUUGCAAUCAUGAGCUGUUAAAAUGAGACUUAGGCCCAGCAUCCACUUUUGAAAAAUAUGAAAUUGGUGUGUCUCAAAUGUGCCCCUUCAAAAUCUACAUACCCCUGAAAAAGGUACACAUGGGGGCGUUGUUGUACUAAGACGACAUAGCUGAGCAACAUAUUAGGUGUUCUACUGCCGUAGCACACAUAAGAAUUGCAAAAUAUACAGUAACAUCUCCAAGUGUGUGUCAAAAAGGCAGGAAAAAAUGCUAGUUGCUACUAGACUUGGUACAAACUAGCAAAAAAUGAUCCUACGCUAAGGUUUAAAAUAUGCCUUUUGGGGAGGUUGUGUAGGCUCUCUCCUUAAUCCCUAUGUAUAUUUAAACAAAUGGAGGUCAUUUAGUUACUCUAAUGGCAUUCCCUCCAGUGGAGCGGAUGUGUACUGUGGUCGUUGCUGCAGCCCAGGAGUGAUGGGAGUGAGCAAAGGACUUAUCUUUUUGUAUUUGGACUCUCCAGACAUAACGAGAAGCACCCUAUGGGUAGCACACAAACCAGUUCUACCUGCGUAGAAAAGCACAAACACAGCUAAGGCAGUGGCAAUAUGAACUGUUCCACCUGAACACCCAAAAAUCAAAGGGCACCCAUGCCCGCACUAAAGGAUCAAAUCACACAUAUCUUUAGGCUCAUACAUCAACAAGCCCUGGAGAGGAUGGGGUAUGUACAAAGGAGGUUCAAAGCAACGCAAUAAACCGAGGGCAAAGGUUAUUAGUGCAGAGUCUCAAAACACAACAGGCCAAAUGUAGAAUAGCUUACAUACACUCUAAAGAGGGGGAAAAGCUCAGGAACCCCAUAGACAUUAGCAACGCCUUUUCACGCUACUAUGCGGACCUAUACAACCUGGUAAAUGACCCCAACGCACACGACCCUAAAAAGGAGGACAUCGUCACUUACUUAGAAACAUAGAAUGUGACGGCAGAUAACCAUUCGGCCCAUCUAAUCUGCCCAAUUUUCUAAAUACUUUCAUUAGUCCCUAGCCUUAUCUUCUAGUUAGGAUAGCCUUAUGCCUAUCCCACGCAUGCUUAAACUUCUUUACUGUGUUAACCUCUACCACUUCAGCUGGAAGGCUAUUCCAUGCAUCGACUACCCUCUCAGUAAAGUACUUCCUGAUAUUAUUUUUAAACCUUUGUCCCUCUAAUUUAAGACUAUGUCCUCUUGUUGUGGUAGUUUUUCUUCUUUUUAAUAUAGUCUCCUCCUUUACUGUGUUGAUUCCCUUUAUAUAUUUAAAUGUUUUAUCAUACUCCCCCCACCUGUCUCCCCCCCCGUCUCAUCUUUAUUCCAAGCUAUACAUGUUAAGAUCCUUUCACCUUUCCUGGUAAGUUUUAUCCCGCAAUCCAUGAACCAGUUUAGUAGCCCUUCUCUGAACCCUCUCUAAGGUAUCAAUAUCCUUCUGAAGAUACGGUCUCCAGUACUGUGUACAAUACUCCAAGUGAGGUCUCACCAGUGUUCUGUACAAUGGCAUGAGCACUUCCCUCUUCCUACUGCUAAUACCUCUCCCUAUACAACCAAGCAUUCUGCUAGCAUUUCCUGCUGCUCUAUUACAUUGUCUGCCUACCUUUAAGUCAUCAGAAAUAAUCACCCCUAAAUCCCUUUCCUCAUAUGUUGAGGUUAGAACUCUAUCAAAUAUUCUGUACUCUGCCCUUGGGUUUUUACGUCCAAGAUGCAUUAUCUUGCACUUAUCCACAUUAAAUGUCAGUUGCCACAAUUCUGACCAUUUUUCUAGUUUACCUAAAUCAUUUGCCAUUUGGCUUAUCCCUCCUGGAACAUUAACCCUGUUACAUAUCUUAGUAUCAUCAGCAAAAAGACAUACCUUACCAUCAAGACCUUCUGCAAUAUCACUAAUAAAAAUAUUAAAGAGAAUGGGUCCAAGUACAGGUACCCCACUGGUGACAAGUCAAAGCUUUGAAUAUAGUCCAUUAACUAAAACCCUCUGUUGCCUGUCACUCAGCCACUGCCUUACCCAUUCAACAAUAUUGGAAUCCAAACUUAAAGAUUGCAGUUUAUUGAUAAGCCUUCUACCGUGUUUCUCCAAAAAUAAGACCGGGUCUUAUAUUAAUUUUAGUCACAAAAAACACACUAGGGCUUAUUUUCAGGGUAGGGCUUAGAGCCAGUCUGUCAGCCGGUGUCCGCGCUGUGUAACCCCCCAGAGACCCUCACCUCCCCCUCCCUGUAAUAUUCUCCCCUCCCUCCCUGUAAUAUUUCCCCCCUCCCUCCCUCCCUCCCUGUAAUAUUAUCUCCCCCCUCCCUGUAAUAUUAUCUCCCCCUCCCUCCCAGUAAUACUCCCCCCUCCAAUCUUCUCCUCACCUCCCCAGUAGCGUGGCCGAGCUCCUAUCCGGUCCGCGACCCGGCAGGACUAACAGGAAGUGCACAGAGGAGCUCGGCCACGCUACAGGGAAGGGGAGGUGAGGCACUGCGGCAGCCGUCUGUGCGCUCUCUAUAGAGCGCUCAGGCGGCUGAGGCAUUUAAAGGGCCAGCAGCCGCCGACCCUGCCUAGGUCUUAUUUUCGGGGAAACACGGUAUGUGCAACAGUGUCAAAAGCCUUACUGAAAUCUAGGUAAGCAAUGUCUACUGCACCACCGUGAUCUAUAAUAUUAGUUACCCAAUCAAAAAAAUCAAUAAGAUUAGUUUGGCAUGAUCUCCCUGAAGUAAAUCCAUGUUGUCUCUGAUCUUGAAAUCCAUGUGUUUUUAGAUGUUCAACAAUCCUAUCCUUUAACAUGGUUUCCAUCACUUUCCCUACUACUGAAGUAAGGCUUACUGGCCUAUAGUUGCCCGACUCCUCCCUAUUACCUUUCUUGUAAAUAGGCACAACAUUUGCUAACUUCCAGUCUUCUGGGACUACUCCUGUUAACAAUGAUUGGUUAAAUAAAUCUGUUAAUGGUUUUGCUAGUACACCACUAAGCUCUUUUAAUAGCUUUGGGUGUAUUCCAUCAGGUCCCAUUGACUUAUUUGUCUUUACUUUUGACAGUUGAAAUAGAACCUCUUCCUCUGUAAACUCACGUGUAAUAAAUGACUCAUUUAUCCUUUUUUUUCAACUGAGGUCCCUUUCCUUCAUUUUCAUCUAUAAAUACAGAACAAAAAUAUUCAUUGAGGCAGUCAGCUAGACCUUUAUCCUCUUCUAUAUACCUUCCUUCUUUUGUUUUUAAUCUAACUAAUCCUUGUUUUACUUUUCUUUUCUCAUUUAUGUAUCUAAAAAAUGUUUUGACCCCUUUUUUACUGACUGUGCUAUUUUCUCUUCUGUGUGUGAUUUGGAAGCUCUUAUAACUUGCUUAGCCUCUUUCUGCCUAAUCUUAGAUCAUUUUGUCUUCCUCACUCUGGGUUUUUUAUAAUUCCUAAAUGCUAACUUUUUGUUUUUAACUAUUUUGGCCACAUCUGCGGAGUACCACAGUGGUUUCUUGGGCAACACCCGAAUUCCCACACUUAAUGGAGAACAGAUGCAGGCCCUGUCGGCCCCAAUCACGCUAGGUGAAGUACUGAAAGCUAUUGAUACACUUCCAUCAGGUACAUCACCAGACCCUGACGGCUUUGACAACUCUUACUACAAACCCUUUAAACACACCUUAGCCCCACGACUGGUGGAGAUGUUCAUGGAAGCCAUAGCUAACCAAGGUCUACCAGAGGAAAUCCUUCUUGCACACGUAGUGACUCUCCCACAAAAUUUCAGACCCAUUUCGCUUUGUAACACCGACGUAAAGAUUCUUGCCAAAGUCCUUGCACUCAGACUGGGAGGCAUACUACCCUACAUCAUACACAGCGAGCAAGUUGGGUUCGUAGCGGGGCGCCAGGGCUCUGAAAAUACACGAAAAGUAAUAGACAUACUCUACAGUCUACGAAGGGGCUGGCCUCGGGAAGGGUGAUUGGUCCUCUCCCUCGACGCAGAGAAGGCCUUUGACCGUCUCCACUGGUCUUUCCUGUAGGCGGUCAUGGCCAAAUUCGGCAUACCAGAUGGGUUCAUCUCCGCAGUCCGAGCCAUGUACCGCUACCCAGCGGCCCAGGUGCUUAACGCAGGUUUCAUGUCAGACCCCUUCCAGCUAACGAAUGGGACCAGACAAAGGUGCCCCCUAUCACCCUUACUAUGUGUGAUGGCCGCUAGCAGCCCAUAUCCGACACAAUCUGACCAUCCACGGGGUGCAAAUAGGAGACUGCGAAUAUAAAACAAACCUAUUCGCAGAUGAUGUUCUCGUAACCAUGACACAACCAUGUAUAUCCCUACCCAACCUACUCCAGGGAAUCACCUGGACAGGUCGCAUACUAUAAAUUAAACACAACUAAGACACAGGCCGUGGGGAUAGACAUACCGGGCGAGACGGUUCGGUAUGGACAGGUCGCAUACUAUAAAUUAAACACAACUAAGACACAGGCCAUGGGGAUAGACUUACCGGGCGAGACGGUUCGGUCCCUCCAGGAUGCCUUUAAUUUGGACUGGAGAACCGACUACGUCACAUACCUGGGCUUGAAAAUACCAAAAAACCUGGGGGCUGUGUUUAAACUCAACUAUGAAAGUCUACAGAAGGAAAUCACGCAGACGCUCCAGUCAUGGGAGGGUAAAUACCUGUCCUGGGUGGGAAGACUAGCCACCAAGAGCGCUAUUUUCUUACUUGCAGCUAAAGUCCCUUCUGGGCUCAUUGAUCCCCCACCUUAACUUGGGUCCAAAGCUAUUGGAAAACAGUAGAGGAGCUCAUCUCCAUAACCCCUACCGGAGAUGGGUCUCAUUCCUAACAUUGGAUCAAUUUGGUAGAGCGAACGGGAUAUUGAUCUUCCACAUACUGAUCUUGGCACUGAUGAUGAUAGCAAGGGAAUGGAAGUCUACUAGGGCCCCUACCACACAAGCCAUGAUAUGGCAGCUCACGACAAACUUCGAUUAUGAAGCAAUGUCCCCCAAAAAAAUGGACUCCCAAAAAGCACGCCUUAGGGGCAUGGAAACGGUGGGAAGACUACCUCACGACAGUUACACGAAACUGCCCAGGCCCUCAGCCCUUAUUCACCACACCUGCAUCAACACACUAGCGAGCAAUCGCACCAAUACACUAAAAAAUAAACAACCCAAAAACACCCGGAGGCCACGUCAUAGGGAAAAGCAGGCUCACGACUCCCAGACAGAAUACAGAGUACGAUCAGAGCAGAAACCAAGCACAGGGACCGAACCAGAAGCAUCAACACGAAUCAACACCCCCUUAGCUGCUAGAGGGAGAGAGAACAAGCACGAUACACUCCCUAUUUCCAAUAGUUGAAACAUAGCUAGCACCUAUAUGAACUGAAGCACAGGUACUUUUUCCCCUUUUUGUAUUUCCCCACCCAAUCUAAUAGACGACAUAUUGCCAAUCCUCAGCCCCAUCGCAAUUUAAAGACCUCCACAGAUAGGACGGAAGGGAGACUCCCCCACGGGAGAUGACAGAAUAGCCGGCCUAUAAAGCCUAGAGGUAAGCCCUCCCUUGGGGAGAGAGCAGAGGGGAAGCAAUGGGAGAUAAACUUAAACGAUCUUCAAAGUUAAGAAUGAACUGUCCGACCAUAGUAUUUGACAAAAGCAUAAAUGUUUUUAUUUCCACCAUAUCUCCUUUCUGUAUCCAGUUUGAACCUCCUAUUCAAACCUCCAACAGUAGUCGACCCACGAAAAACAAUAAAAAUUGUCAAAUUAAAAUAAAUAAAUAAAUAUGCCUUUUGAACUACACUGGGGUGUCUACUUUUACAAAUGGUAGGCCUUUGUGGGGAUUUUUUAAAGUCAAACUGCUAUAAUGCCCCAAAUUGAAACAUGGGCCCAUUAAAUGUCUCUCAAAAUUCUACUGAAAUGAACAGGUCUCCUUUAUGGCACUGUAGCUUCACAAAAUAGUGCCAAGUGAGGUAUUGUUGUACUCAGCAGAUGUAGCUGAACACAAAAUAGUUUUGUACAGGAAUAGCACACACCAACUUUACGAAAUACACAUGAGGAGAUCUUUGUUAUAAGGUUGUGUGUUAAAAAAAAACCCCACACAAUUUUACUCCAAUACGUAGCAGAGAUUGGAGGUGAAAUGGCUACGUAGAACGUGUCCAAAUAACCUUAGGUAAAUAGCCUGUGAUGUCUUCUUUACAUAAAUAUAUACUUUUGUGUGGCAAAUUUGUUUUCUUUUCAGGCUAUUCAGCUUACAAGACAACUGUACCAAAUUCUAAAAGCGCUCCACAUUAAAAGUUUAUUUUAGUCCUUGUAUUUUGUGACCUGUAACUACCAAAAAAAAACUUAAAAUCCUAGACACAUAUUCUGUUAAUCAGAAAUAAAUUAAUUCAUUUUUAAUUACUUUCCUUAAUCUGCACUAAUUAUGCACACAUUAUUGCAAAAACUAUAUCUAUAUAUAUAUAAAAUUAAAUUCCGGGAGCGGAGCCAGCAGCGCAACAUAGCGGUCGCAUCUCUGUGAGCUCCGACUCAAACUUACCUUAAAAGAACCCUAUAUGGUGGAAUCCGAACGCAAAACUACCUUUAAACCCGACUACUGACGAAAGUUAGAACAUGGGCAGAAAAUCCAAGAAAGCAAAGGCUGACAAGACCUUCCGGAAGGGAUAUCGGCAAAAUGCAGCGGAACACACAACAGGCCGCAUGGUCCAAGAUGGCGCUGGAGGACGAGCUCGCCUUGUACUCCUCAGAGGACUUUGACACAGACCUUAUGAAGGGAGCGUCCUUCGGGCCUACACCAAAACGUAGCACGGUGCCCAAAACACCCGGAGACCUGGUCACUGUAAGCCAACUUAAGGAAAUGCUGGCUGAAUUACGCAAAGACUUGGCUGCAGACAUGGCCUACUAUAAAGUGGCCAUAGAAGGGGCCCAGUCGAAAAUCACUCAGCUGGAGGACUGCACGAGCACCCAGGACUCCAGGUUAACUAUGGUAGAACAACAAGUAGCCGAUCUAGCAAAACAGCAGCAUGCCCCAGCAAACCGCCUGGAUGCACUGGAGGACCAAAGGAGGCGUCACAAUCUAAAAAUCCAAGGGAUACCUGACUCGGUGGGCCUCCCCGAUCUACCCCACUACAUCAGGCGCCUCCUGGGUGCCCUGCUCCCACCAAAACAGGUGAAGUCCCUGAGGCUCGACGUGAUGUUCCGAAUACCAAAGCCGACCCGAGCUCCAGCAAUCGCAUCCGUAGACCUCAUUGUAAGAUUUCAGAGCCUAUCGGACAAAGUGGCACUCAUACCUACGCAUAGGGGUAAAACUCCCUUGUCGUUUGAGGACCCCACUCUAACGAUUUUCCUGGAUAUCACCAAGAGUACACUUACCUGGCGGAAAUCAAUGCAGCCGCUACUACAGCACCUUCGCGCCAGGGAGCUGCCCUACCGAUGGGGAACCCCGCGAGCUGUAUCGUUCACUUAUAACAGGACUUCACAUAAAUCGCAGAGCUACCAAGAUUUGGAAUCACUCCUGACAUCUGCGGGCAUACUCCAAGCUGCACCAUCAAAAAGAUCGGGACUGUCCAGGAUAAACCCAGCUACCAUACGGAGUUCACCCCGAGGGAACCUCUGGGACCAUCACCCACCAGUCCACCGACUUGAGGCACUCUGGACCACAUACCCCAAGGGGACACCUCUAACCCACCACCCAGGAUAAACAUGUUUUACACAGUUUGAGACUCCUGCAAACUUCUGUUGUUUUGCUGAUCGUUCCUGACAUCUGAUGUUAGCUUUAAUACUGCUCUGGCAAAUCCUUCACUACACGGACAUAAAAUUGCUCCGUCUUACUUUUUGCAAAACCCAUAUGCAGAUAGUGGGACUCGUAACACAUAAACGGACAACCAAACAGACAGACACGACGAGCCCCCACAUGCAGUAGCCCUUUUUGAAGCGAACACAGCCGGGCUCUUAUUGCUAUAGCCCAACCCCCCCACCCUCCUGCCGAUUCCUAGACAAGCUCUUUAAAAAGUAUGAACGCAAAGCAUGGGUAAAUCCCCUAUGUGAAUAAAACACACUUAACACCCUACCCUGACAGCACACUCACAUAGGCUACUACAGACUAGCAUCAAGUAUGUUUAUAAUAAUGUAACCUUAAUAAAAAAUGUGCAAGGUUUAUGUGCCCAUUACAGUUUUAAAAUGUUAUCGCUGGCAAAGCUGUUGUGGCGUUGCCUACUACCAUGUUUCACGUGAGCACGAUAAAAUAAAGAUUUAAAAAAAAAAAAAAAUCCUAUUGAUUUUUUUAUUUUAUUAUAAUUUAUAUAUGUUGGAUCAAGUUAAAGCCCUUUUUGUCCUUUAAAAAAAAUAAACUGUAUAUAAUGGGUGUUAGUGCAACGCAAACAAAAAAUGCAAAAAUUGCUUUUGAAGUUGUGUCCUUAAAGGGUUCAAAGGUUUAUGCCAAAACUGAAAUCUUGUGCACAAAAGUAAUUUGAUUCAUUUGUGUCAGCUGGAAGAAUUUGUGCACAGUCUACAGCAGGGGUGCCCAAAAGGUAGAUUCCCCAGACAUUGUAGAACUAGACCUCCCAUGAUACUUUGCAGGCAAUUAGAAUGGCAAAGCGUCAUGGGAGCUGUAGUUUUAAAACAUCUGGGGAUUUACCUUUUGAGCAUCCCCGGUCUACAGAAUACCAUGUCCUUUUCAGUGUUAAAGGACUCCCCUCUGCUGCCAGUUUGGUCAUUUUUUUUUUUUUUGUGUGGAAUUAAAUGAAAACCAUUAAUUCAUAGUUAUAUUUAAAAGAACCUUUUGAAUCUUUCACAUAUGAAUAUGACCCUAGUAAGAUGGUUGGUGCCUCCUACACAGCCCAGGGCCAGUGUGCGGGGUGGAAGUUGCCAGAAGGUAUAGCCAAAACUAGAUCUCCUGCCAUCACCCAGAUUCACAGACUGUUCCAUUUCUUAAACCAGAAAUUAAGGUGAACUCACAGGCAUGGCAAGCUUUAGUGUAUAAUAGUGCAGUUAGAAUAAUUCUCUAAAUCUAUUUUGGACAAAGUUUCAAUCCUGCAUAACUGACUUAUUGAAUAAACCCUUGCCUUAUCACCCCCAAAUCACUAUUCACCACUAGCAAAACACUCUAGAAGGUGCUGCAUCGCUGCAAUGCUUCUCAUUGCCAGAAGCAUGGGCAAGGUGCAAACUACCCAAAAUCCUUUGCAGAAGGUCUUGCCAUUCUGAAUGGCUUCCCUGGGAGAGACAGGCAGAAAACAUCUACCACAGUAAUUUCUUUGAGGUUUAAUUACUUAUGCAUGUGGUAUGAAUGUAAAGCACUGGAUAUUGUCAGUUUGUGUUCGGAUACAGAAGUGAUUUUAAAUGUAAAAGUGUGUUCUGUUCUUUGCAGUUGAAAACUCGCACAUAGGGAUGGAUCUGAUCGAAACAGACCACGGAUCGAGCAGCCCCAGUAAUGACGAAGCUGCGAUGGCGGUCAUUAUGAGUCUCUUGGAGGCAGAUGCUGGCCUGGGGGGACCAGUAGAUUUCAGUGACUUGCCAUGGCCUUUGUGAAUGACAACCUGCCCUCAAAGUGCAUUAAUAAAGCUUUAACCCUGCAAUUGCCAGGAUUUUGCUGUCCAUUCUGGCAGUGCAACAAGUUUGCAGGAGUCACGAUCGCUUUUCUAUAUAAAGUGUCAUAGAAAGCCAUAUCAAAGUUACCCGUCAGCUCACCGAUCUGUCAUUCCAGACGAGUUUGAUUCUGCUAGUGUUUGCACCAGGUUAGUUGUGUACAGCUUGCAUUAAUUGUAUAUUUUGAAAUCUGUGCGGUUUUUGGUUUUUUUAAUUGUGAGAUGCGACAAUGUCCUCAUUUGCUUUUAUAUUCAAAUUGUCAUUUCAGAUGUUAAGGUGUUUUUACACUGCAGAGAUCCCAUGUGGAUUUAAUAUUUCUUAUAUUAAUUGUAUAAAGAUGUUUUAUUGUAAUAAUCCUUUAUGCUAUAUGGCAC